AGAUGUGCCCGGGGAAGGGGCUAAGUGGUAUUUAAACAACGCUUUGCUCACUCUGAGGGGAGCUGUUGGCCUGGUGGCGUCGCGGGUUACAAGUGUCCAAGAGUAAGUUCUAUUGAGAUUCUGUUGCACUUUAUUUAUACUUUAUUCAUUUGCCUACUUUUUUGGUUUUGUUUCCUGCACUACAAAUAUUUUUGCCACUGUUCGCUGUUCUUGGGGAGUUGGUAGCGAUGGCGAGAUGAAGAUUCUUGAAGCAUUGAAGCUUUCCAUCCAAUUACAGAACGAACCCGUGACAUUCUGCUGCAUGUUUGUAGGCCAAGAAAUGUUGUCCACUGGUGUCCUUUUGGUAUUAGUUGGAAGCAUGAGAAUGUUCUAGUCAUUGGACAGCAAAUUGCAACCUAUUGUAAAGCAAUGUAACAUGUGCGGUCCUCUUACGGUUAAGCUUUAAUUAAGCUCUGUAACCAAACAUGCAUGAAAGGGAAGCCCACUAUUUGCUCGAGGACUUUGUUGCUCCAUUCAAACAGUUAUAAAGUCGCCAGUUGGAUGGUAAACACAGUUAAGGUUUCGAAGGUAGACUUCCUUUGUAUCUGUGAAGAGUAGGCUUAAAACUUCCUUUCUGAUCAAGCUUAUAUACAGGGCUGGCUCAGGCUUGCCUCAAUCAGCUCCUCGUAAUGCUGCAACAGGUCUGGACUGCUGGAGGACUUUACAAACCAAACUCCUGUCUCAAGUCCUCUUAUCUGAAAGCGUUCACGCCCAGUUAAAUCUGGAUUAUCUGUUAGUGGCGGUGAUAAUGUUUUUGCUGUAUGUUUUCUCUUACCAUCUGUCUUUCUUUUACUUUCUCAGACCAGAACGGCAGAUGGAUGUCCACCAAUGACUCUGACUCUGUUCAAGGUUUCCACCUGUGAGAAGUAAGUUUGCUCAUCUUUACUAAUAUUUUGUACUAAUCUCUAUAAUGAGUGUGUAAUUUAUACAGUAUUUAUAUGAGCAUGUCGCUGAUGGCUAUAUUUUAGGUAGUAAAAAUGAAUCACCUCUCAGCUGUGUGUGUGAGUGAGUGUGUGUGUUUGUUCCUGCAUGUAUUGGAGAGAGUGCGCAUGAUGGAGAGCUUGGCAAGAUCUCUGCUUUAGAUUUUAGCUAACGCUGGGUCAAGGUGAAGCAGGCAUGUGAAGAGAUAGUGGUGACAGCUUCUUCUUUUGACAACCAUGGACCAGCUUGGUACUUAAGGCAGUAUUUGAUUUAAGGAGAGGAGGAGGAAACUCAUGUCUCUGAGCACUCUGUCCUGUUAAAUACUUAACCCAUUAAGACCUGAACCCUGUCUUAGACACGCCUCUGAAAUCCUGAGGGCAAUUUUGAGAAGGGCCCCCAGAUCCUGAAGUUUUCUUUAGUGUUGAGGUUGAGCUUACAGGUGUGGCUUUCAAGAUGACUAUCUUUAAUUUUUCCGAACCUUCAUCAUAUUAUUAAAAACUUUGAACAAACAGACUUAAAUGAAAAAAGGGGCUGUAUAAAUAAAAGUAAAGGCUCUACACUGUAAAAUAACAAAAAAUUUGCUUUCUAUAAAACAAGUGGCAGUCAUGAUAAAGUGUCCAUUCAAUACAAAUAUCAAUAUAAAAAAAUAAGGUGUUGAAAGGGUAUACAUUGUCGCCCUAGUAGUGCCAGUACUAAAAACUAAAAUGAAUAAACAAGUGGAUGACAGCGUGUUCAUCUCUGUGCUCACCCAAAGUCAUGCAACACUCACAGGAAACACGGAUAGUGUGAGCCAAAGCACUCAGUAUGAAGAGGUUGUUUAUACUGCUGGAUGCUUCAUCUCCGAAGCUGCUCUCUGCCUCCGUCAUUGUUUACUUUCCUCACGUAGCAAGAUCCGAGCAUGAAUCUGCUUUAUUAAGCUUUAUUAGCCUAUCAGAGGCAGACGAAUGAAAUGCGUACAUGCUGUUCCGGUUUAAAUGGGUUAGAUUCAGCAUAUAAGAAAGAGUAGGAGUAAGUUUGUAAGAGGAGCACCGCUGUGCAUCAAAGAUAAACCCUUACGUCCAUCCGAUAGCCUCUAUAAUAUGAAGUAAGCACUGCUUAAUAGACAGCAAGCUUUGGACUACUUGGUCUGCUAGACAGUCGCUUGAUUUAUUCUGCACACUCAGCAAACAUAUUUGGCAAGCAUAAAGUUCAAGAAUAUACAAAAAAGGUUGUGAAACUCCCAUCACACAACCAGCCUCAACCUCCCUCCUCCAAUUCAGAUGGAUGGGCUGAAAUUACAGCAUUGCAGGCUCAAAUCUGUCCUCCAUUCUCCACAUAUGCCAGACAGAAAGGGAGGAGGUUUUACUGCCUCUGCACAGGUCUGAAACUGGACCACACCAACAGAUAACCAUUGCAGCACUUGAGGUGAAGAAAAUGAGAAAGGUUAGGGCGAGGAAGUCAAUAACAGGAGGAGUAACAGGAGGCUUGCUGCUGGAGAGAAAUAGAUUUAGGACAGAAGUAGGACUGAAAAACAAGUUAAAAAAAGACCACAGGAAUGUUUGAAAAUUCUAUUCCUGCAAAAGUCAUGUCAGCUUUAAUAUUUACAAACUUAUAGUCAGAAUUUACCUCAACGAGCUUUUAGCUCUGAAGCUGAGGAAAGAGAGGAAUAAAACCAGCAACUCACGUGACAGAAAAAGAGAUGGCUCAGGUGAAGAAAGAUGCUAUCAAAGAUGAGGAAGAAAAAGGAACAACAAAGUAAGAUAUGACAGGCGGCAGAGGUGAUAUGGCAAAGAAAUACAGGCUGAUACAUAUCAAACUCAGAGAGAAAAAAAAAGGAAGAGAUGAUGACAGAAAACCGACCUGGAUCCAAGUCAAAUGAAAAACACUCACUUAUGCUGCAUGCUGAUCCCACACACCUCGUGCGUCUCUCUACAUCUCUUUCAUCUGCAGCUCAGAGGCAGCCAGAACACAUGCAAACUGUCCAGGUAAUAGAAGUCUGCAGGGGUAGCUCCCCGGGUGGGUCAUCCUCAGCCUGCAGACAGCGUGCAAACAGAUACAGGGCCUGUAUUUGCAAGGCAUGGAUGUCAUAUCUGGAUGGAGAGCGAGUAGAGACAGGAUGAGAAGAAUACAGGCAAAAAAGUGAAGCAAAAUGAGCCAUACAAUGAGAAUAUAAAGGGUUUGACCUCAGGGUUUACGCUAGAUUAAUGUGCAAAUGAAUCCGUCAAGAGAUAACGAAAUGAUUGGCUAUUAUGAAGAACAAAAGCUUUAUUUUCCAAGCUGGACUUAAACUUGAUUUAAGUCCUACUUACCCUGAAAAAUAUCUCCUUGAGUGUCUCAUUACAGGAAGCUUAUUCGAUAGUUUAGAACAAGCACCUGAAAAAUUUCACUUCUGCUUUAAUGAAGGUGUUAAGAAUCCUUAAAAACUUUGUUUAAAUUUCUCUGAGUCCACACACAAUGACACUGGAUGAGGCUCUUUUGGUCUUUGUGAACAUCAAACAUGAUCAAUCUCAUUUUUCAAGUAUGAGGCACUACCUGCAGUCGUCUAAUGCAGGCUUAUGUAAUGUCUACAGCAGCACUUUUUGUCCUCAUGUGAUGACACACACACACACACACAGAGAGAGAGAGAGAGAGAGAAGUACUGUAACUCUGAGUGGAAAGGUGGCUCAAGGCUGUAGCGUGAGUCCAAAGAUGUGUUUUGCUGAUGUUAUCUGGACGGCUGUAAACAACUCUUACUCAGAACAGACUGGCUGAGACAUCGGGACACUCUGAUAAUCAACUGCAACAAACUACAACCCUGUAAAAAGAGAAAAAAAAUCCAACAAAGGCAUACUUCUUUAUUUAUUUGAUGAUUUUGUCUUUAUUUCUCUUCAUUUUACUAAAAUUCGGUCACUGUCUCAUUUUCUCCGUUAUUAUCACCCUCCUCUCUCCAUCUCAUGCUGUCACACAAUUAUGGAUCUUGUCUCUGCUGCGGAUGUUAUCGCACCUAUCACAUUCUGCCUUCAUCUUCCUCCUUUUUUCAGCCGGUCUUUCUGUGUUUGUCACAGCUCACUGCCGCUCCGUCACACGCACUCCCGUCAAACCGCUGUCCUUUGCCAUAUCUGCAAGAAAAAAAAACAGCUCUGGUCACAUUUCAUCCAUUCCAUCUAUUGAAAAAACAGAUAUCACAGUGUAGCACUGGUCUUGUUGCUCUCAGUAAAGGACUUCUAUCAUUUACAAUAACUGUGAGCUGUAAUCCAAUAAUACCCCACCUAAUAAUUGAAUUGAAAUAAGUAACGUCAAUAUAAGUUACUUUGUAAUAUGCUGUUAUGUUACAUUACAAAAUAUUACGUUACAAUAUGUUGCAUUUAAUAACUUACUUUACAGUAUGUUAUGUUACAACAAUUAACUUCACAAGAAGCAAUAAGUUACUUAACAACAUAUUACGUUAUGAUAAGUUACUUUGCAAUAUGCUAUGUUAGGAUAAGUUACUUUACAAUAUAUUAGGUUACAAUAUGUUACAUUACAAAAUGUUAUAUUACAAUAAGUUACUUUACAAUAUGUUAUGCUAAAAUAACUUACUUCACGAGAGGCUAUGUUACAAUAAGUUACUCUGCAGUAAGUUACAUUACAAAAAGUUACUUUACAAUAUUCAACGCUAUGAUAAAUUACUUUACAAUAAGUUACUGUACAAUUUCCUACGUUACAAUAAAUUACUUUACAAUAAGUUACUUUACAACUGUUAUAUUACAGUCACGUUUGUUAUGUUACGUUUUGUUAUGUUAUGCUACAUUACAAUGGCUUACAGUCAUGUCUCCGAAAAAAGAGAGUUAGUUAAAAGGCCUUUGUGUUUGUUGUUCAGCGUUUGAAAAAAUGUGUCCGUGUUUUUAUUUUUGUAACUAUUCCUGUUUGCAACUGCAGUGGCUGUGUAGCUACAAUUCAAAUUUGGGAUAGUGUCUGGCAUUAUCAUAUUUCAUCACAUUACUCAAUAUCUUAUAUCGUUAUUGAUCAGUGUGCGCUAACUUAUUGGGUUUUCAGUGCCAGAUUUUUGACCAUCUGCAGACGUUAUACCACACACACACAACAGUCUUUGUUACUUUUGUUAGCUAAACUGUUUUCCCAGGAGACCAGACAAAGGACAAAAAUUUUCUCCUACUGGCUCAGCCUUUGCUUGGAUUGCACAAUGUUUGUCUGUUAGCAGACGGCUUAACCAACAACAUGCCUGCACAUGCCUGCCAUCUGAACUCAAUCAGUAAUUCCGACACAAUUAAUAUUUCCUCCCCGGAUCUUUCUAAUGAGUAAUUUAUGGAAAUGUCCUCCUCAACCCUGUGUUUUCUGUCUGUGUUUGCAGACCCAUCUGCACACUACUGGCAGUUGAUCUGCCUCGACUGAUUUCUUGGAGCAGAGUCGGAUACAUUUGCAGGUUUCUGCACCGUAAUGACAUUCCUCUGUACGUCUGUUUUCCUCCUGUGUCUCAGGGUAUUGUUCAGAGCAGGUCGGCAUGUUUGUUUCACUGCAAGGCUUUAGCUUUUAUCAUAUCUUGGCAAUCUUGAGGAAUGAGUAACAAAAAUGAAAGAUGACCACAGUCAGAGAUAAGACGGGAAAAGAGUGACUCCUUUAUUUUGCUUCUUUGGAGUAACUGUAUGUAAGUUUGAUACUGAGUCAUUUUGGGCAAUCCCUGUUGACAAAGUGGUGUUGUCUCUUUUUUAUCCUGUCCUGGACAUGCAGACUGAGUGUUAUCAGACAAAAAAAUUCCUAUCCUGUGUCUUACUCCAGCUGAAAAUGUCCGGGCAGGAAAACUGUAUCUUCACACUGGCGGUUAUAUUUGCAUUUGUGCAUCAGAGAGAGAAUAAAUGUCAGUACAUCUCUUAAAACUCAGACAUCUUUUUUUGCAAAGAUGUGCGUUAGAUUCAGAACCAGAAUUCAUUGAUUUACAAAAACCCCAGUUCCUGUCUGGGACUGUUUUUCCAUGACUUUGACGGGUGGACAUGGAUGGAGAACAGUUUUAUGAAACAAGCAUGAGGCCAAGUAAUAAAGAACAAGUAAGAGAGGGAAGUAAUAUCAUCUAAUGUGACUGUUAAAGUGAUAAAAGUACAGGCUGCCAGAGGACGCAGGGGCAUGAGAAGAGAAGAAAGGUGGUGUAGAGGAGGCUGUGUGUAAAGCAGUACUGUUUGCGGAUGUUGUAGACGGUAACAUAAUACCUCCUCUGUGUUUUGACAUUUGAAGACUUCUGGAAAAGUGUCAUACCAACAAAAGACCAGACGUUUAUUAAGCCCCUUUUCAAGACAUAAAUAAAAGGCGUCACUUUCCCAUAGUGAAACUGUUGUUUUUGCACCUGAUAUCCUAACUUUUCAUUCAGCUAUUACCGCAAAAACUUUUAAAAUAUGUUGAUUUAUUCACCGUCCCUUUGUUGCGUACUACAGCAACAUGAGAACAUGAAAUCAAAACUCACAGCUUGAGAGAAAUACUUUCAGUGUUUGGGCCGAACAGGACGCAGACAUAAAGUUAUUCCUCAGAGGAAAUGCUGUCUGCAUUAUUUGGAUGAGUAAACUGCAGGCGGGUGGAGUCAGAGGGCUGGAAUGAGAAAAACAUAUUCAACCAUCCACAUCAUCAACAGUGUGUGCUGCGGCAAGCGUGACCUCGAGGAACCUUACAAAGAGUAAGGUAAUACCUUUUUAAAUGACCCUGUGUUCGGGGUCAGCUCACUGUUACACCAAAUUUCCUCUGAAUACGAACGGCUCCACUGUGGAACGGUGGUGAUUUUUGCUGUCCGCCAAUUCCUACCGGAAGCGUUUGUAAGGCGGGAGUUGUGAGAACUCACAAGUACCCGCGGGUUUACAUGCAAUCACGUGAUAACAAGUUGUCUCUAUAAAGACAGCCACAUAACCAUAUCAGCAGUAGAUUGUGUCCUUCCAGAGGACGAAAUCCACCUCUAGACUUCUAGAGUCAGCAUCUCCUCAUCCAUGGUGUCAACGGGGUGUAAUGAAGUCUGAAAACCUUUGACUCGUUCGUCCCUGCCUGUUUGCAUGGUGUGAAAUAUGAUCCGCCUGAAACGCGUAGUGUUUUAUUUAAUGUUUGUGCCCGACUUCCUUUCCAGCUGAUCUGUGCUAAAUUUAUGCAGCAUGCUGCGGCAUCCGGAAAAACAGAAACCUGGUGAUCGGCUACGAAGCCCGCUGACUAGCAGGGGGCCAGAAAGAAGCCGGUGGAAAUUGACGCUUUAGCUUGAAUGGAAAUGAUCAGCGGCGAUUGGCGCUGACAGACUUUUCACCGCCGUUCCGCAUGAGGUGGAAAUUGGGGCUCAUACCGAUUCUGUUUGGCAGGUUUGUCUACCGCUACGUUCAGACUGAAGUGCAGCACGUAUAGGCCUUGCAUUUUGAUCGUGUGGUUAUCUGUAUCAGUUAAACCCGACCCAAAAAGUCCCUGAGGAAACUCUGUAAGUCUGGCUUUAGAGCGUGGGCUGCAGUUGCAAAGAGCUUGUUCAGGUUCAUGAGAAACUCUGCAUGGAUUAACUUAAAUUUAAUGAAAUCUGUUCUAUUAUGACUUUAUCCUAACAUCCAUGCUCUACUGGCAUACACCAAAAGAGUUCUGCGAUCUUACACAUCACAGACUCCACACAAGACGAUAAACGAUUUAACUGUUUUGUUCCUUUUUUUCUCACCAGGCUGUAAACAAAUUACAAAAAAUGCAGAGAAAACUGUCUUUUUAACAUGGGACCUAAUGGGGCUUCCAUUGCUUUUGGCACCAGUCUCAAGUCGACACCCAAGAAACUGCCUUUUUGUAAUUAUAACAAACGUGGUUUUAUUAUGAGACCUUGGCUGGUGAGAUUUCUAAUGAAAAAAGUCCCGUCCCUUUAACACCCUGAGUUUUGCUUGUUUACGCUGCUUUUAUUCGCGCUCUUAUCAGACAGGACAGGACAUGGCCGGUAGAAAUGUAAAAAAUAGGUUAUGUUGUGUUCUGGUAUUUUUUUUUUAUCCAUUCCUGAGUCAUAGUAAAAUUCUCAGAAGAAUUUGCAUCAUAUCCUUUUUCGCCCUCGGUGUCCAUCUUUUAUUAUAUCUUUGAAAAGUUCACAGAGGUUGUGAAAUUGUCUCUUGACCUUACAGCUGUUGGUUAUCCAUCAUCAUGUUUUCAAUCUCUCCCACUUUGCACCACACAAGGAUGCUUUUGUGCUCCUCUCUGAACGAGCUACAACAACUUAACACCAUCCGAAAGCAAGGCGGCUCCAAUCUCUCUGUCAAGUGCGAUAUCGCUCAUCUGAAGCUGAUAAUGUCUGCGCGUCCAGUGCCCUCUCCCAGAUAUGUUUGCUGUGGGUGUUGCCCGACGACGUCUCUGUUGUGGUCAUGUUCAGGAGAUAAACCAGGUACUAUCUUGUUUGUGUAGUCUUUGGGAUAGGUGAUGGAGUGUGACUUCAUGGCUGAGCUGGCCUGCUAUUUUGGGUUCACGUUACAGCACACCCAGACAUUACACCCGCUACUUUCUCAACUGAGUCACUUCUGUGAAAUGUCAAAAAGUUUUGCUCCAUGAAUUCGUUUGUUACUAUUUUAGAUGCCUGUCGAAUCGUAGCGGUCCACUUUUAAGUUUUAACACUGGAAACAAAGGUCUGUCCUCAGAUUUACAUCUCAAUUAACCUCCACACUUUCCGACCUCCUGUUUCUCUUUUUUUUCCGUCUGACCUUCUCACCCCUUUUCUGUGUUUUUAUAUCCCUGCCCCCCUCUUUCAAACACAGGAAACGUGUGCUGGAAAACCCAGCUUGUGUGUCACUCCACUUUAAAGUGAGGGUAUCAAGCAGGAAAAUAAAUACGAGGGAGAGAAAGUAGCAGCAGAACAAAGUAAAACAAAAUUAGCGUGGCUGCAUAGCCGGGUUCUGGCUGAUGUCCAUGUUGAUAGAGGAGCUUAGGCCUGAGCUGGGAGGAUGGUAACAUUUCAAAUAAGCCGCUCUGAUGUUAUCUCUGAGCUAUUAGGCAGCCCGGGUUUUGCUGCACGGGGUAUGAUGCUGCACUCCUAAACUUCAUAACUCCCUGCUGAAUUAUAGUUUAGAAGCCAAAAAUACUUUAAAGUGCAAAAACAAAGUGAGGAUUGAAAAUAAAGCCCAUGACAAAGAGCUACGACUCAUCCUACAUGCACAAAUGUCAAGGUGAAACCACGAUAAAUUUACUCUUUUUAGGUGCCUAUGUGUGUAGGGUGACCAUAUGUCCUCUUUUACCUGGACAUGUCCUCUUUUUUGGGGGCUGUCCGUCUUUAUCGUGGGAAGUUUAUAAAAUCCUUCAAAUGUCCACGGUUUUGUUUCGGGUUAAAGACACUCGAUCCGACCUGAAAAACUCUCAAAAUUAACUUCAUGAGACUCCCUGACUCCACCCCCGCGUAUUCGUGUCCUCUUUUUGGGAAGUCAGAAUAUGGUCACCAUAUAUAUGUGGCUUAUUACCAUCACAAUCACACGACAAAUGAACUGUUUCCUCCAGUUUGUUUCUUGCUAGAAUAUGUCCCAAAUCAGUAGAUACCACCCUGAUUUCUGAUUGGAGGGUUAUGAUAAUCGUUAUUCCACACAUUCAGGUUAGUUUUAACAACAUCCUGUAGCGUCUUUUGUCCUUAAAGCUCCUGAAAACCAACACGGUGGUAGCCAAAUGCCAAAUUUAUGACUUCACAUGUCAAGUCAGGAAACGACUAGUUGACUCGAGCAGUUAUUUGCUUUUUUGAGCAUCCUGUUGUAACUCUCUUUCUCCUUUUCCAUUCUGCUUUUUGAUUCGUCGCUCAUGUCUCACCUGUUCAGUCCCGUCAUUGUCAUUUCACAGUCGUUCUCAGAGAUUGUGCAUCAUCAUUGCGAAAGUACAUAUAGAUUAUGAACUCCUCUCUCAUAGAAGUGGUGCAUUGUGGGAUACGGGUUGACAAAUGUUGGAGCUGUACAUCACUCCUUUAAUCGCACAUCAAAGCCUCGUCAUUGUCACGGAGACAGGUUUGCUCGCCCCGUCUUGUACACUUCAAAGAGGAGGGAAAUCUCACACACAGACACACACUGUCACACAAGUACCUCUCAAUUUGUCUCCACGCAUAAGCUGACACUCACACACGGUUUAAGUGGCUCAUAUCAACAGCCCAAAUAUCCUUCAGUGGGUAAACUGAUAUCAGUAGGAACAACUUAAAACGAUGCGCGAGUAAGGAGAUCAAAGUCGGAGAUUUCCCAACAAGUCUUAACGGCUUUGUUCUAGAAAGAUCCUGAGAGGAGAUUUAUCUGCAGGAAUGUGGGGGAAAUCACAGCCUGCAUAUUAAGCAGCCUGGCGAGGGGAAAAUACGAUACAGAGGACAGAUAUGUUUAGGUGCAGGGGGGGUGUAAAACAUUCCUAUAAAGUUGCUGUGGGGACAGGCGAAGCUGUGUUCCACGACCGUGUCCACAUGUUGACAGCUUUACGCCUGUGGUCCUGUACUUUUACUGCCACCUCACAUAAACCCAAAAGCCAUCGACUCUCCCGGUGUGCCGUACGAUCGUAGAGAAAUUCCAUUUUAGAUUUUAACCCGGAGCGCGGAUGGAGGAAGGGUGAAAAACGUAAAGGAGAACUGGAAGUAGAAGUGGACACGACCAACGUCUCCACGUCUUCACUCAAAACAGGUGCUCUGUAUAAUCCAAACAACAACCUCAGGGAACAGACUUCAGACGGUCAUGCUGGCUGAGUCUGUCGACCUAUGAACUUCCCUCUUAACCCCUGUUAAAAGGCAACCAGCUUGUUUCUCCGCAGCCAGACUCUCGUGUCUUUGCCACACAAACGCUUUGCUUUUGGUUGACAGAAAAAUGUAUCAUACUGUCAAGACUUUUGGCUCAACCAUAGCUUUUUCUGAUUAUUUUGGCGUUACUGCUCGAUACUCUGUCUAAAUUUGUGUUUUACAGGACAAACUAGAUUUUCUCAUGAGUGUACCUCAGUGCAGGGAUGAAGAAUGAAGUCAAGUGCAAUAGUUUUCAAUUUACCGCUGUGCAAAUGGUUUAAAACCAUUAUUUACAGUUGCUGGAGGAGCUCAAAACUACUACCUAUGCAUGCACAGGUAAGCCCAGCAAUGGUGAUUUGGUCAUGGCUGGCUUGGACUGCUGUCCUUGUCCCAGUUUUCGAGCACUGCACAAGAAUCAAAUACUUGAUAGGAGCGUGUUUUCUAUCAGGUCACCUGGUCUCCUGACCUGUGACGCAUCAAAUCAAUCAACAAAAUAUGUAAGCAAGAGGCUAACAGGAAGCACAUCGAAUGACGAACACCGUCAGCUUGUACAGCACCUGUUUACAACCUCCUUUUGCUUGUCAAGGUUUUGGUUUACUACUAAGCUUCCUAGCAACGCUUCAUGCUUUUCGGCUUCCUGCUCAAAGCUCGGUGCGAACACUCAAGCAUGAGCAGAGGGUUAAGACCAGGUUCAGUCUUCAGGAAGGGAAAAACAAUCCCCAAACGCAUGAUCUAGAAGGUCGAUUUAGUAGUUUGGUAGUUUCAGUAGAUUUCAGACGGACUUGCAUGUUUUCUUAAAAUCUAGUUGCCACGUCAGCAGUGAUGCGGUUGCUGCACAGAUCUGUCAUGGUUAAGAGGGUACUGAGCCGAAAGGCAAAGCUCGUGAUACACUGGUCGAUCUACAUUCCCACCCUCACCUGUGGUCACGAGCUGAGGGUAGUGACCAAAAGAACAAGAUCGCGAGAGGAGUCCGAUGAGGUGGCUUGGGCAUCUAAUCAGGAUGCCUCCUGGACGCCUUACCGGUGAGGCGUUCAGGGCGCUUACCACCAGUAGGAAACCGCGGGGAAGACCCAGGACACGCUGGAUGGACUUCGUCUCUCAGCUGGCCUGGGAAUGCCUUGGGGUCCACCGGGAAGAGCUUAAUGAACUGGCUGGGGAGUGGGCUGUCUGGGCUUUUCUGCUCAGGCUGCUAGCCCCACUACCUGUCCCCUGAUUAGGCAGAUUAGGCAUUUGAAGAUUUUGCCAUCAUUUUAACCUAUCUGCUCUGUCAUAAGGUCUUAUUCGGGAAGCGCUCAUGGUAUUCAACCUCAGAAACACUGCAUAAAUUUAAAAAACUAUUUAAAACUAUAUACCACUAUUAUUAGGGCCCAGCCUGUACAAGCUCGGGGUCGAUCCAAAGCCUGAUUUGACCCCCUGAUGUUGUCGAAAUAGUGGUAGUAAAAAUAAUAUUUACAGACUGAAUUCACAGAUUUUAGGUGAAAUUUCUUGCUUCAAUCACUCAAGAGUUUGAGAUCAUCGUGUGAAAUAUUUAAAAAGGUCUCUCAGAGAGGAAUUGACCAUCAUAUCACACAUUUGCUAUAAGGAUCACUCUGUGGAUACUGUUUCCCAUCACGUGCAGAGCCUUCUGGUCCACAUUCAGUCCUCCCCCUGUACAUUACCACCUCUCAUCCUCCUCACACAACCUCAGCACCUGCUUUGAUGACAGUAUUAAGUGCGUCUAAGUGCAGCUCUGGUAAGUGGAGCUCCCUGUUUGCCUUGUGAAGCAAUAGUGGAGGCAUUCUGCACCCCGCAGGUGUUAAUUUUACACAUGUGAAGUAAAACCUGAUCAAGGAUUGAGAGCAAGCAUGCACCAACCAAAGACAAAUAUACAAGUGCACCGAGUCUAAAAGAGCCAGCUGAUAAACUAAUAUACAUUUGGUGUGCUUUGGGGAGCUACUUUUAGUCCUCGUAAUGAUAUUUAGUGGAGCAUUCACACUGUAGUUUUUUGAUGAGUGCACACUUCAUGUGGGAUCUUCCUGAAUUAGCUAACACCAGGGGAACAAAUUGUCUUUCACUAAGAUUUGACACUGUGUCUCCUCUUCCUCCCUCACCUCAGUCUUUUCUUUUCACUGGAGCUUCUUGAAGCAGGAGAGCGGCACAGUGAGCGCUUUUCAAAAGCAGCAGUGGGAUGGGGCCCUUCAUAUGAAAGAAAUAACUCCAGUGUCCCCUUAAUAGAUGCUUUUUUUUAAUGAGCACUUCUCAGAAAACCCUCCCUUGACUUUCCUCUCUACAUUUUUUUCACAGUGGUUCAUUCAGUCUUUAUUUCACAGAAGUGGAUAAGACUGAUCAUCUCUCCAUCUCAAAAUCAAGCGGUGACUUACGUUGAUUAUACAAGUUCACUGAUAGCUGGGAGAAUUGCAAGUGUCGUUGCUUUUAUCUGAAUACACUCAUGUUGAUUCUGACCUAAAGGUGGGGUAGGCAAGAAUCCGUUAAAAAAGCAUCUUUUUUUUUUCGUGGUGUCAAAUGGAAACUCCUGAAGGUCCUCACACAACAGGAGCGAAUUCGUGAGGCGAUAAAGCAACUGUUAUUUCUUCGCUCUUGUGUCAAAUUUUGUGAAGGCAAAAAGGCAAAAGGCCAAACCUUUGACCAAUCAAAAUGAUGUUGGUAUGUCUGUGACGUCAGCCCUAGUCUGCAUUCAUUCGUCAUAACUGAGCGCUUUAUCAUUAGUGUGCAGGAGCGCCCUGCUUUAAGUGACAAGGUCCUUAAAAUAUUCCAUGACACUGUCCUCAAAGAAAAUAUACGGCAGGAAUUAUAAGAAGACCUCGACUUACCUGAUGAGCAAAUUGACGUUAUAUCAAUCCCCAAACAUAGAUGUGUAAUGUAGUUAGCAUAAUAUGAAGCUAAGCUAGCUAACUGACAAGCUUGAGGCAACUUUUUCAAAGUCCAGUAAACGUUUUUAUAUGGUUUUAUAGUUUUAUUUAAUAGAAGCGCCAAACUUUAUUCGCUUAGCAAGCCGGCAAGAUAUUCGCCUUUUCGUGAAAUCCAUUUUGCAAAACUGAAGCAUGUUUAGCAAUACGAGCAUCACAGAAAAAUACUUAAAAUUUCAGAUAAAACAGCUCUGUGGGUUCUUGGUGUACUCGUAUCAGUUCAGGACACAGAUAUUUGAGUAUAAAUAGCGUGAAAAGAGGAGUUGUGCCAGACUGGAAUGUCCUCCUCAAGGGCAUCUGUUGGACUGUGCCCAGCACGCCAUGAUGGGUGUUAAAAUUUGCUGGAGAGCGGCCAAAAGCAGGAGGAUAAAAGAGGGACUGAGAGAAAGAGAGAGAGAAAGAGUGAGGGAAAUUCCUUCAAGGAGCCUCUUGUCAAGUGCAGUUCAUUUCUCCUCCCUGCUCUAUUUAAGAGGGAAAGCAAAGACGACAAAAGACGAGGGGAAGGAUUGACAGAUAUAUGAGACUACAGGUUGAUGCAGAAUUAAUGGAAAGAGUGAGACGAAGCAAGAGGAGAGAAAAAUUGACCAUGCCUCUGCUUGAAUCUGCACCCACUUCCCCUUUUCUCAGUCAUUACCUCAUCUCAAAUAUUCCUAUCUCUCUGUUUUUGCCUCCCUCUCUCCUCUUCCUCUAGACUGUAAAUGCUGAAGUUUGUUUUUUUUUACGUCGUGAAAACACCCAAGCAACUGGCGGCUAUUCUGAGCGGCCGUCACCUGGAUUUCAGAGACGUAAAAACGCGGCGCUCAGGAAUGGAAUUUGAUCAAAUGACCUUAUGAAAUAACAUGCCAGAGGAGCUUUCAACAGCUCCUUCCCACUUCUCAAAGAGUCACUCUGCAGCGCCACAGCAGCGCAUACAGCGAUUACGCAGGUAUGACAGGUAUCGUGGAGUGAUUUUGUCUAUGCGUGUGUCAGACCUGUGGCUGCACAGCUGUGUGUCUAUAUUAAUGUCAGCGAGCUGUGUGCAGCCCUUAUCGCCUCGCUGUCAGUCGCACAGUGACCCCGCUAUUUUGCAGGGGUCAGAGGUGAGAGGUCAAUGAGGUGACACUAGGAUUGAGCCCGGCCUCGUCACAGCCCCGACAUGAAAACAAAAAGGCUGUGACCUCGUAUCCCUGGGAAGUUUCCAGAUGCGAGUAAAAGUUGCUGAUUCGAGCUUUACAUCAAUGGUAUGAAAACACUCGAGCUAUAACUCAUUAAGCUCCUGGAGAGCUGAGGGAGAUACUGAAGACAUUCGAUCAUUUUGCUACCUCGGAGAAAAGCCGGGUGAGAGAUGACCACAGAGCAGAGUCAUCGGUGCAUUCCAGUGUGACGGGAUAUGAAUCACAGUGCUAACACAGCAGAGACACCCUGAAACUCCUGGAAAUGGUAACACAGUCGAGAACAAGGAAGUUGAUGCUCUCAGUUUGGUGAUGUGAGAUGUUGUGAUUGUGACAGACACCAGAGGGGUCGGCGGCUCAGCGAUUGUUGAUGGUGGUUUGAGAUUUCACAGCAGCAGUGACUUCCUCGGCUCCGGCUUGAUUUGCUUCAUUUGGUCGCACAAAAGCAGCAGUGGCUGCGUGCCGGCCCCCCGAGACCAAACAGCCUUUUUUACUGGAAGGGCCACACACUCACACAAUGGCACCUCUGUGAGUCCAGUGAGCCUGCGGUGAAGUUUAGCUUUUGAUCUCUCAUCACAUGAAGUCACACUCCAGAAUAAAAAUAAGACAAAUGAUUCAGUCUUGAUCGGACUAUCUGGGCUCUGCUACAGCUAGGGUGACCAUACGCCCUCUUUUACCUGAACAUGUCCUCUUUUUGGGGGGCUGUCCAGGCUUGUCCGGCUUUGUCCGGGGAAGUUACAAAAUCCCUCAAAUGUCCACGGUUUUGUAUGGAAGUUUUGAGUUUGUGUCACAUGGACUUUAUGAGUUAGAAGCGCGCAAAAGACACUCGAUCCGACCCGAAAAACUCUUAUAAUUAACUUUGUGCAACUCUGUGACUUCGCUACCGUGUAGUCGUGUCUUCUUUUUGGGGAUUCAGAAUAUGGUUACCCUAGCUACAGCUGUACCCUUGUGCUUUUGCACUGAACUCCACAAUACUACAAUAUCAGCAUCAGCUUCCAUCCUUCUAUAAAACUUACCUACGGAUAUGUUUGCUUUUUAACCUUGUGAUCGCGCUCCUCAGCUCAGCUUGUCACAAAACUAUUCUUUCUUUUUCUACAUCAGUUGCUUCCGUUAUCGUGUUGUGUCGUUCAUAAACGAUUCGUUCAAAAGAACGGAAUGAAUGGAAUCACUCCAAGACCUGAUUCGUUCCUUUCUCAGUUCAGUUGAGCUCCGCAUGCCUGUUGGGAGUGAAACUGCCGCCUUUGACUCUUUGGCGAAUAACACUCAGCCAGCCAGCGAGCAAACGAGCAGGUGGAGGCUCACAGCGAAUGAAAAAUAAGUAUCAGUCAGACUGAACGAAACGAACGACUCCCAAACAAUUUGAGGCAGGCAGAGGAGGAGGGGUGUAGCGUCGUUCACGAACUGCCGAGUACCUGUUUGUUGACUGAGGCUAAGAUAAAACAGCGCAUUAUAGCGCCUUUACACGUCUAUAAACUCCCCUGUAAGAAGGAUUUAAUUUCAGCCGAUUUAAAGCGAUACGCUGUUUGAUAUCUUUAAAAGUAUCAGAAUCCCUUCUACAGCUGCAAUGUUUAUUUAUUUUUUUAUUUUAUUUUGAUACGGUGAACGAUUCUUUUGAACGAAUCAUUUUAAUGAACGGAUCCUGAAGAUUCAGUACGGUGAAAAGAACUGUUCUUCCCAUCACUACUCCGUAAUCCUUCAGGCUCUUUUCACCGUGGUGGUUACCCAUCUUUGGAUGCGCAUGAAUCUUUAAGGAGACGAUUAACCAGAUGAAUUAUGUCAAACAAGACGCAGGCGUGAACUUAAUAGGCAACAGCUUGAACUUGUCUUUUUAUGGUUUUAUUGUCUUUAGGUGACACAGAUCUGCAGAAGCCGUUGUGUGGAAACUGUGAGGUUAACUUUCGUAACUUCUCCCUACAGAAGACCACCCAAUGCCAACUUAUAGUAGCGCAAACCGCAGUGUCACACAGCUGUUCAUAAAGAGCAUGCCACCCAUACUUAAGCCUGGCACCCACGACUAGGCGCUUGUGUCCCACCGCAGCCUGAUGAGACCAUUUGUUCUCCGCCUGGGAAACGAGAGAUGAAGAAGAAAGAGCCGAAUGUUACGACCGCUGCCAGUAAUUCAGGGAUUUGAUUUCACAUCUUUGUGCGUUAUCUCAAGGCGUAGAACGACACAGAAGGAAAGCGAGGGAAGAAAAAGAAAUGAGGGAGAUAGAGAGAGCAGUGUGGACAUGCCUGCUGUUUGCUCGGCUAUCUGUCCUCUCCAUCAGCUCUGCAGCAGCUCACCCAGGCAGCAGCAGACGGACAGCUCUGCGCUGAACCGGGACUGCUGCUGCAGAAUCUUCAAUGCAAACUCUGCUUUUACAGACCGCCUGCACCCUGAUUGGUCUAAAUUCAAUUUACUGAAUCACCUCAUUGUCUCACCCGCUGCCCUCUUUUUUUUAAGGAGACUCAACUAAACCUUCUUCUCUCCUUCUCCUGUCCUCUAGCUCAUCCUGCUCUCCUCUCUCCUUACACAUUCAAAAAAAAAAAAAAGAGGCUUUGUUCAAUAUUUGCUCUUAAAUGACCGUCUCAAAGCUGCAUUAUCCUCAAAUUGUCCAACAUAGAGACAUUUUCCUGCUGCAGGAUUGAUUUCCACUGUGCAAACAUACUAUCAUUGUCAUUUUAGGACCCUUACACACACAGGCCCUUCAGCGCUCAAUGUCUCGGAUGAACUGCGAGCUGAAAUGCACACUUGCGCCACUGGCAUAAGAGCAACAAAGGUCCACACAGGCCCUGUUGUCCUGGGACAGUAAUGUAGUUAUCUGUGCCACAGUGGGAACAUAAAGCAGUGGAUAGAUGAAUGCUAUCUUUAUAUCUACAGCACCAGAGGUGAUUUGAAACACUGCCACUGGACGUCAUCGAGCCCCGCUCUGAAACACGGCCUUUGAAGCUCUGACAGCGCCGACAGAAUCAGGCCAGCGCUUUGAUACGGGUGGUGGGGAAAGGAAAACUUGAGCGUUCAAAGGGAGCAUUAUUUGGUUACAGCUCCAUUAAAAAUGUUGAACUUUGAGGAUGAUAGAGGGAAUAAAAAAAAAAUACGAGGAAGAAAGCAGCUUUUCAUAGGUGUCAUGUUUGUUGGCGUUUCUUUUUAUACCUGUAUUUAUUUUCAGGAAAGUAAAGUAUUGGAGCCAAAGAUGCAAAAGAAAUAAUCAGGGGAGGAUAAUUUUUUAACAUAAUGCACUAUGAGAAUAAAGUAAAAAAAACGUUAAAGUAUAUUUACAUGACACUCAAGACUUGCUCCGAUUAAGACACCUUACCCCCAAUUUCCACCGCAUCCAGAACGGCUACAAAAAGGUCGUAUCCACCGAUCAUAGCUGAUCGUAACCAUUCCAUUUAAUGUGUCAAUUUCCACCGGCUUCUUUCCGUUCCGCUGCGGAUCGCAGGACUCGGCAGCUGACGGCAAGAGUUCUAUUUGUUCCAGACGCCGCAGCAUUCCGGAUAAAUUCAGCAGAGAUUAACCCAUGCUGGAAAGGAAGUCGGGCACAGACAAAAAAUAAAACAUCCGGCUUCUUUUCAAAAUAAAACGCUCCGUAUUUCAGGCGGAUCGUACUUCACACCAUGCAAACGGCCAGGGGCAAACAAGUGAAAGGUUUAUAGACAGCAUUUCAUCCUGAUGACACCAUGAAGGCGGAGAUGCUGAUUUUAAGAGUCUAGAAGUAGAUUUCCUCCUCUGGAAGGACACAAUCUACUGCUUCGAUGGUUAGCUUAUGUGGCUAAAGACACUUGUUAUCGCGUGAUUGCACUUGAAUCCGUGGGUUCUUGUGAGUUCUCGCGAUUCCUGUAGUCUGUAAUCCGCCACGAAAUUCGCCUCACAAAUGGAUCCGGUAGGAAUUGGCUUAUGGUGAAAAUCGCCACUGUUCCGGGUCAGAGCCAAUCCGGAUGCGGUGGAAAUCCCGGGUUAGUUGGACUAUAAUCAGAGUUUGAGAACUCCAACUACGACACCCGGAUAAUACGAUUGGAAUUCAAUUUUCUCUACCAUGUAACCAGUGUAGUCGGCGUAUGAUUGGACAAUGCAUAUGCGCGUGCGUCUCAUCUGUAGAAAAAGUAGCGCUACAUCAUGUACGACAAAAAAAACGCAGUACGAUGCUCCAUCUUCUUGCUCCAAAAUGCUCAGCAGCAGUUGUAGACACUUCUGACGUCUGUCCCGGACCUGCUGCUGUUCUUGUUGUUGACAGUUGUAUGGGGUCAGAAACAGCGCCACUUUUUGGGGGGAAGGACACUUUCACGUCAAUAAUUUGAUUCUCCUGUAUAUGCAGACAAGGCAAGAAGUCUGAUUCGGCGAAACAAACGAAUCAUGAGCUUUGUCCGAUUAAACUGUGCAUGUAAAGUUCUGAGUUUGUCUCCUUUCCUGUGCAGCAGCAUAUUAUGGAAAAGUGCAGAAAAGGUUUUGUUUACUAUCUGACUUCUACUUGUGGACAUGCUGCUGCACAUAAGUCACACUCGGAGGAGAAACACUGCAACUCAUUUCAGCUUUUAAACUUUUACCUUUGGAUUAACUUUGAGCUAAUGGGGCACACUUUUUUAAAUAAACACAGUUAUCAUGUACCACACAAGCGCAGUAAUCACUAAAGUAAUCCUAAACUCAGGAACUUGUGAUGUUAUUCUUUGUUUAAUCAAAAGGCCCGAGCUAUAAUGGAGUCCCUUGUUGGUCCUGCAUGGGCUUCAGGGAGUUCAGCGAUCUGCCUGUUUAUUUUACUCCAGUUUCCUGUUUUCCUAUCACACAUCAUCUAAAUACUCUUUCUCACUUCCUGCCCGCGGGUCUGCAGGUAAACCAAAACAUUACGUCAGUGAGGAACUCAAGUCUCGCCGCUUUGAACCCCAGAGGGCUUUUCAGUGAAAACGAUAAACACAAAGGCAGUCAGUGGGAGAGAGAGAGAGAGAGUUAAUUACUAAAGCUGAUUCACAGCUUAAUGACUGCUUCACGUCUGUGGGGUGUUUUUAAUAAGCUUCAGGAGUCGGGCUGAGCGGCAGCACAAUCUGUUUUUAAUGGGACUCUGAAUGGUUGAGAGUUGACGCUGUUACGCACAGAGACAAAGCCGCUGCUUUUACAUGUGGUGCGGAGUGAUCUCAUUAGACGCUCGGUAAUAAAAGAAAAAUGAAGCGAUUAGAUCUGGAGGAGCAGACUACAUUAUCAAGAGAGUUUCACACCACUCUGAACACGCCCUGAGGCACUCCUUUUUUUCCUCAGCACUUGUCCCCUGUUGUUAUGUUGUGUUUAUUCUAAACAGCCAUGUCAAGAGGAGGUAACUUUACACAACUGAAGCAGUAAAAUAAAGUAAAUGUUGAAAAUAAAACAGAGGAGAAGGAGUAAAACAGAAAUUCAGACCACACAUCAGUAUGUUUACAUGACACUUAAGAAAAACAAAUUAUUGCCUUACUGGCUAAACCCAAAGGAUUCAGCCAGUAAGACUGGCAGGUGGAUCAGAUCUGCAAGCCUACAGCGCUCACCGGAUCCGAUCCACCGCCAUCAUCGGAGGAGAAGCGCUCGCGACAUUACCAGUAUUUCCUGCGAGACUGGACGAGAUCUCACGAGCUCUUGCGUGUUUCCCCGGGAGUCAUAGAAUGAGAUCCGCCGAUCGCUGUAUGUAAACAGUGUAUAUAAACACAGUUGUAUAUAACAACAGUUUAGUGAAUUGACUUUGUUUUAUUUUGAAAAUUUACAGAGUAUUUUACUCUGUAACUGUGGAAUGACUCACAUUGAUUAUAAUGUUUGCGGAUUUGAUCCGCCAGGCGUGCCAGAGCGGAGCGGAGCCGUUCCGGAGCGUGUGGGUUUUGUCCGUUACUCUGAUUAAGACCGGACAACUGAAGUGCAUGUAAACACCUUAGUCCAGCUAUAAUCAGAGUCUGAGAACUCCGACUGGAGUCUGAGAACUCUGAUUAAGACACCCAGAUAAUGCAUUUGGAAUUCGAUUUUCUCCACCAUGUAACCAGCGUAGUUGGAGUAUGAUUGGACAAUGCAUAUACGCGAACAAAAACACCAAAGAAGAGGAACAGCGUGCACCUCAUCUGCAGAAAAAGUAGCGCGUACAUCAUGUUUGACAAAAACAACGCUGUACGAUGCUCUAUCUUUUUGCGCUUGCUUCUUUUAGCCACUUGCAUGGACUUGUUGAAAUGUAAAAAAGCUGAAUGUAACAUAAACAAGGAGAGAAGUCUGAUUCGGUGAAAAACCACAUUGUGAGCUUAGUCCGAUUAAGCUGUGCAUGUAAACACACUGAGUGAGAACUCAGCUAAAAACUCCUCACAGGAGCUUUAAAGCUGCUGUUAUGCCUGUUGUCAGAUAAAAUCUUCUCCUUUUGUUUCUUGACAGUGAUAUCGAUCACUAACCGUGAACAUUUGUUGAGGGAAAAUGUGUAAAAAAGCUUCUUCUUCAGCCUGAAGUCAAUUGUCUGGACUAACACCUGCCCUCUCACAGUGGUUUCAUUAUCAGCCUUAACUUUAGUGGUCUCAUUUGCUUCUGAAGAUCUUUUAGAAGCUUCAGAAAUGCAUCAUUCAAAGACCCCUAAACAAACUCUCAAUUUAAAAGAAGGUGCAUCAAACUGCAGUUUAAUCUCUUAAGUCCAUCAGAUCUUACAGAAGAGGAUCAGCUGAGAAAGACUGGAGAGGUGAUUAGCGGUGUGACAAAAGACAAUGAUGACAAAGCAUUUUGUGUUUCACUGUGCCCCCCCCUCCGUGAGUGAGUGUCCACGGUUACAGUGAGAGAAUGACACAGAAGUGGAGGGUCGAGUCUCUGGGCCCCCCUCCCGGAGUCAUCCCUCAGGGAUUACUGAGGUUUCCAUGACUGUUGAUGCACUGCGUUGCCAUCUUGAAUUAUGACGUUUUCAUCAGGUCGGGGUUGGCAAGGAUCAUCCGACUUUCCAAGACGGAAAUCUGACUUCAGGGGGCCGUUCCAGAUAAAUUUCGGAAAUCCUCACUUCCGGGUACAAUUGGAACGCAGCAUAAGUAUCAGGCUCAGAGAAUGUGGGCAUGUUGGCUCUGAACUCUGUUAGCAGUUAGCUUCAGACAGCCUUGCUCAGGGGAAAGAUUUAUUUGUUAAAUCCCAGAGAGAAAAAAAGACAAAAAAAAGUUUUUAACAUUGUUAAAAUUAGCAUUCAGAAAAACAUUUAGCAGGUCACAUCACAAAAGACAAAAACCAGAGCAGCUGUUUUGCAAUCUGCAGCUUGAUAGUCCCGAGUCUCUGCUGCAGAGCUGAGUUAAACCAAGAGAGGGGGAGUGAAAGAUGAAUUCCUGGAUACUGAGCACAUGUUGUGUUUCGCACUCCUGUCUGUGUUCGCCGUCAGAGCUGCCAGUCAUUUAUAUUCCAGGGUUGCUCGCAAUGAUUUACACCGCCAGCCCUGCACGACAAUAAGCAUGUCAUUUUAAAUAGCAGGUGUUCACCCGCUGCCUUAGCUCAUGGAAAGCAAGUUCAAAAGAAAGAGUGUGAACCUGAAUUAAACCCAUAAACGGAGCAGUCAAACUGGCAUGCAGGUCAGAGACUUUCCCGACCGCUGCUGGGCCUGUUUCUCAUCCUGAGACAAUAACUUUGCCAGGCGACUUCCAGCGGCACUGGUAGCAGUUAUCCUGUUGCUGUUAUUAGCUUUGGUAAAAGUCAUGUCAGAGAUAUUCAGGUCAGGCUGAAACCGCUGAAUUUAAAGCACUGGGGUUGGUGGGGAACUGUGCAAACUCUGCAAUGACUUCAUCCUUCUGUGCAAAAGGAAACGUGAACAAAUGUGAGCAGAUGGAGGCACAAAAAUACUUAUAAUCAGGUGGUUGAAACAGAGAGUGUGCAGCAGCCAGUCACUCUGAAGUCCAGAUGCUGCAGUUGUCAAGGGUUAGACUCUCCAGUACAGAAGCUUCAUAGCCUUCCUGAACCAUAAAGAUUGUUUGGACUGACAAUAAAAUGUGAGUUUUAUGUGUUCUUCUUGGAGGAUGGAAGGAUUGACUGGAUUGCUCAUUGACUCUGCUCUCACCAUGCUGCCAAACGCAGACCAACUAACCACACUGGGGAUUCAUACGGCUUUUCCUUUGAACGGGCUCCAGAAACAACUUUCUUUCGACCUCUUUUGAAUUCAAGUUUACAUUUAACAACAUGAGCUCUGAUAAAAUGCCAGUAAACCUUUUAUUUGUUCUCAGAUGAUCAUAUUUUAUUCAUUUAGGUAAGCCAAAGCAGGGUAACAGAGGUAUAUCAGCCUGUCUCUUUAAGGGUGUUUAAUGCAAACUGCAGCGUUCUAAGAAAAACGUCUUUAUAACUUUUCCUAUGCAAAUAUUAACAGUGAGUGAUGUGUUUAUGAGGAGGAAACAAAAGUAGAUAAUUUUAAAGAAAGGGGAAAAAAAACUUCUACAGAUGUACAUGACGAGAGUAAAGAGGUUUCACUUUGGCCACAGGGGGCGCCAAAUCAACACGAAUACAAAACUCCUCACUGGAGCUAUAAUUAAAGAUUCAACAACAUCAACUUUCAGAUCAGAAAUUCACAUUUUUUAAGUCAUAUUUUCAGGGUUAUAUGAGUUCAUUCAGAUGUAAAAGGAAACCAGGCGAGAAAGGUUGGAAAUGAUGAUACAGCCUCUGUAUAUAGGGGUUCGAAAACCAGCACCAGCGUUCACAAGUAUCGCCUUUAAAGACCCUCUCCGAUGAAAAUCACGCUUUUCUUGUCUGCAUGUUCAUAUGGCAUUUUUCCGAUUCUACAGGACAUAUCAUGAGAAGAAUAAGUGCAAAAUUGCAUUUCUAAGUAUUUCUGCAUUUAAAUCGGUGUGACUUACUGCAGACUGAAAUAGUAGGUUCAGAUACAAUGAGAUUUCCUACAUCACAACUCCAAGCUCCGCCCCCAGAGCCCCGCUAUGCAAGCCAGUCUUGCAGAAAUAGAUAGGACAAUUGCUGAACAAGCGUGUGCAUUAGCAGAUUGCAAUACUCGUAAGAAAACAAAUUUUAAUAUUAACUUUCAUCAUGUCCCUAAAGACAUUAGUGUCGAAGAGCUGAGUAGCUCCUAUGUUACCUGCUUCUUCUACUACAAUGUUAGGCUGCAAGCUAGCAAGAUGAGGAGUGCACUGAGCAGUGUUGUCUCCGCCCACGACCCAGAGGCAAAUUGCUAAUGAGCUACUGGAGCUCUUCAUAAUCACAAUUUAGAGACCACUGAUAACACUUACAGUAGUAAAACAAUCGUAGUGGGACUUUAAGAUUAUAUAAAAAUGACCCCUCCCCCCAAAAAAAACACGUUUAAAAAAGAUUUAGACCUCAGAGUCAAAGUGUGCACUCUUUACAUUAAUAGACGAAUCAUUUUUAUGAAUUUGACCAUGACGCCUGAUGUCACAACGACCCUGUUUGACCCAGAUUUACCCGUCUUUAUGUUUAACUUGUAUCGCAUAUCUUUCCUCGUGAUAAAUGUGUGUGUUUGUGUGUGUGUGUGUGUGUGUUUGCAUGUGUGUUACCAGGUGCGUCAGCCACCUGCCGCCUGGUGUGAACAGUGUGAGGUCUGUUCUGUGAUGCUCUCAUCGUACCCUCAUCAGACAGAUAGGUGUGCGGCUGCUUCUCACACUCUGGACACACACACAAACACACACACACACACAUGCCUACACACACACGCCUACACACACGGGGUCCAGGGUCCUACUUUAAUGUAACUCAUGCUGCUGCUUUUUUCUUUCUGUCCGCACAAGACCGUCUUUGUGUGAGACUGACCUGUCUGUUGACAAUAGUGUUGCUUUAAAGAUAAGGUGUGUGUGUCUGUGUACGCGCACGUGUGUGUGUGUGUGUGUGUGUGUGUGUGUUUCCCUCCCUGCAAGGUUGUAAAUCUAGGUGGUCUUAUCGCACUGUUGAAUAAUGAGACGUAGGAGAGUGUUAAACUUUGAGAGCUUUCAUGCAAAGACCUGGAUGAACACACUUAUCACUUAGUCAGCAUCUUAUUGAAAAUAAUGAACAUCAUCAUCAUCAUCAUCAUCGCCGCUUGAUAAAGUCCGUCCAAGAGGAGGAGAAGAGGCAGGGUUCAUCUGAGUCCAUUACUCCUCUGAUGGUGGUUGGAUCAAAGUAAACACUGAUAAUGCUUCAACCACAGUUAAUAAUACCGCUGCUCAAGAAUGUUGGCCGGGCCGGCUACUCCCGACCUCACACGUAUAAUUGCACAUGCACACACACACUCUCUCUCACACACACAUACACACACUCCUCAUUCCUCAAUAGCAGUGACACAUUCUUCCUCUCUUCCCACAAACCAAACACCGCUCACUCCUUCUUUCUAAUUGUAGACCUUUGAUUUAUUUGAUGUGCAAAGGGAAACCGGCUUUCCUAGCUGCGCUCCCAUCGGAAAAAUAUCCACACUCACACGCUUACACGCACAAAUACAGUAGAGGCAAUGACUCCGUGCAUCUCCCUUUUGUAAUUAUAACACAUACAAACAUCAGCCCCCAUUAGAAACCUGACUUAUCUCCCUCCAGAGACCUCUGCACUUUCAGUAGUUCCUCUGACACGCCCUCCUUCACUCCCUGAUUCUUCGCUUCUUUUCUCCCUCCGUGUAACAGGACCUGACGGAUGCCCUGCCGGGUUGGCGUAAGUGGCAUGAUGCAAAUAGAAAGAGCAAGUGGACGACCUAUGAAUCAGUCACAAAGCGGAUUCUGUAUGCAUAGGAUAGGAUGGAAACUAGAAGUGUGCAUCAUUCCCUAACAGGCUGAUACACACCGAUGUUGUUGGUUUGUACUUCCAAGUCUUAGGCCAGCGAUCCACCAGAGGACUUUGAGAAGAUUUGGAAAAGAUUCCUGGAAAACUAUCAGCUCACAUCUAAAGACAAGUGUGUAGAGUUUAAAGUCACAGCUUAGUUUCAGACUGAGAAUUUACACUGCGAAUUCUUACUGAGACAAAAAAAAACCUUAGAUUUAGAAGCGUUCGAUAAUUUCUCUUAUUUUAAGUGUUUAACUUUACAUUUUUAUCUUAUAUCAAGCACAACCUUAUCUUUUUUUGUCUCAAAUAGGCAGGAAGUCUUAAAAUCAGAAAAAUAACUGUUAAAAUAAGUUAAAGUCUCAUCGAAAGGAAUCUUGUUUUAAGAUUAAGUAAGCUUUAUUUCAAGAUAAACUUGCUUGGAUUGAGACAGAGUGUAGUCAUUCUUCACUAAAACUGGGUAUUUUUUCUCUAAAUUUUCUAUAUUUUUUUUAUAAGUUAAAAUUCAAGUAAUCUGAUCUUAAAACCAUACUUAUUUUAUGCUUAUUUUAAGUAUAUUUAACUUAUUUUGGGGGCUGUAAAAGUUUAACUUUAAGUAAGCAGCCUGUGCUCGUACUACUCUAACGGCGCUAAUGACGCGAUUGGGCGAAUCUCAACCUGAGUGGAUAUUUGCGUCGUGAUACUAAUCAGCAUGAAGGUUGCCUGGUGAUGUAUGAAAAUGGACGGUUGUUCACUGGUAUCCAAAAUGGAGGACGAGCUGAUCGUGUCGGCAUGUGGGUACCUUGUCUAUCACUUGAUCCCACCGGUUGAAUUGGCAGAGAUUACCGUUGAAAUUACUGUUGACGUGCGAAUAAAGCAAGUAAAUACUAUUCAUUCACGUGUCUGGAUUUGCUCAAAUGAAGCGUGUAGAUGAUUUUACUCUCACUUGGUGUGAGCACCCUAUUAAACUUAACGAUGGAGAUGAUGGGAGCGCGGUUUGACUCCACUGUGACUCCAGUAAAACUCCAAGAUUUACUUAAGACUCUCAGUUCUCAUUUGUCACAAGCCUGAAGGUUGGUAGCCACGCCAAAAAAAGAGUUUGAUUAAAGCAGCGUUGUGCUUGAGAAAUGUACCUUGCAGCAUGGAUGUACAGUGAUCCCAGAAAGGCUGGAAAUAGGCCUUCAUAAUGAGGAUCCAUUUCAAACCACAGAAAGGAUCGUUUUUAGCGCUUCUCUGGUAGCGACGGCCAAUUUUUAGAGGCUUCCUGUUUACCCGGGGCUGAGCAACAAAGAACUUCCACUUGUCAAGUCAGCUCAUAUGGGAUCCAGGAUUCAGUUUAGGUGGAUUGCAUUUCAUCUCUUUUGUUGUAUCCCGAUACAGAAUCCAUUUGUCUCGACAAAAGGAGAGAGAAUCAGUCUUUAUGUGCCGUAGGUUCGCUCUUGUUUUGGUUUCAACCAUUACCUGUGUGAGGUAGACUGUGUGUGUGUGUGUGCAGGAGAGAGACGUUUCUGAGGGACUACCACCCAGGGAUGAAACCAGAGACCAAACUCAGGAGCAACCCGCUUACCUUUCCUUGUUCCAAACCCCACCUCCUCCACCUCCCCUCUCCUCAAUCAACCCGAGCUGCCCUAAUCCUGUGUUUACAUAAAAUGCUGGACAAUAAUGAUAGCCAUGAGAGCAUGGACCACCCCAUGCCCUGACCACCCCCUUUACUUUCUACCGCUAACCCAAAGCUGUUUUCACAGGAGCCAAAUACCUUAAAUACAUAAUUAGCGGGGUCAUUUGUGCAUUGGGGGCCCCGGAGAGGGCAUGAGCAUGUCCGUGUGAGUUCGUGGGGGGGGCAGACGGAGGAUGAGGAGUGUAGCUGGAUGGCGGGGGAGGAUAUGAAGACGCGAGAGAGGCGGACAAAGACGUGCAUUCAUGGCUGUGGCCCCGGACAAACUUGGCUGUCGCCAUCUUCAAAGGCCACCUCUGCCUUUCCUCAAAACACAGAGGCCACAGGUUGGGGCAGAGCGGAGAAGCAUAACAGGGCGACAAGGAGAGGAAAAGAGGAGGUCGGGGGAGGGAGGAAAGGGGGUGUAAGUAAUGAAGCAGAGGUUACAAGUUCUGGAAGGAAAUGGUCAAGACUAAUUUCUAGGUGGUUGAAUCUCAGCUCUCGUGUCAAUUCUUUUCAGGUUUUACACCCACAACUUGAAAAAAGUUUCAAAUGUUCAUAAAAUUGAUUUUGAUGAUUUGAAAACAGAGUCGAACCUUUUCAAAAAAGGACCGGGGAGACCAGAUUCUGAAUGUUUUCUCAUACUUGGCUGAGAGGACAAGAUUUCACCUUGAAUUUGGUGUCAUGAUGCACCGAACAUUUUUAAUAGGUGACGAAUGAGGACUGUAGGCAGGCCAGUACGGCGCCUGGACUCUUCUACGAUGGCGCCAUAGUCUGGAUGGCAGCGUAUAUUUCUCCUAAACCUAUAGUUAUUGUUCAGUAUUGAUCGUGUCUACCUGUUUCCUGCUUUUUAACCCUUAGAACUUCCAGCUAUAUUUUGCUAUUUUUGGUUCGCUUGUUUUUUUUUUUUUCUGUAAAACUCUAUGUCACAACUCUAUCCUUUCAAGCACAGCAAAUAUAUACAUCUUUUUUUACAGGACAACCUCAGCUGUCAGUUUAUGGAGCAAAAAUUAUGUAAAAUGAAUGUGACAGUAGAUUCAGAACCAUCAAACUCAACCAAAAAACAAAAACAGAAAUUGAUACCGAGAGCACUUUGCUCAAAAAACCCAUAAAACUACAGCGACCAAGACUUUUCUCACCUGAACAUCAUUCUCUCAAGUCUUGGCUAUCAGGAGAAGAAAUAUUGGGAUUGGAACAAACACACAACAGAAACUAUUUACAUAUUUACAUGAAUUCUUCCAGGCGUUUUUAACUAUUUACAGUUGUUUAUGCCACUCCUUGAAGCACUUCCUGUCUGGGAUGAGACAGAGGACCACAUCAUACUUCUCAGAAUGUCUUCUUUGCUUGUUUCCAAGCGUUGAGAAACAUUAUUUCUUAUUUUGCAGACAAGCAGGGAACUUUCUUGUCUCUUGUUGAUCUUUGGUUGCCUCUUGUUGGACACAAGAAGAAUAUGAGACCAUGUAAUUGGUCGAAAGUUUGACAGAAAAAGACGUCAUCAAAAUAGCUUGUCAAACCCGGAAGACAUUAGCGGAAUUUAGCGAUAGCGAUCUUUUUUAAUCACAAUAACAUGAUAAAUAAUCAUGUUUUCACCAAUAUAUUACCAUCAAACGUCUUUGAUCAAACACUUAUUUUUGUGACUGGAUUGUAAACCUUAUGGGGGGUGUAGAUAUGUCUGGAAACCCUCGAUCGAUCGCCAAAGGGGUAAGCUUUUAAAUACUUUUCUUCCCAUAGAGAUACACGGUACAGUUCCCAAGAAACUGUAAACAAUAUUAAUGGUGUCACGUGGGAUCGCCGGUGAUCCAGCAGAGUUAACCUAAAGAUAAAAAUUUGUUUCCUCGGGUUCAUGCAGUGACUUCCACUAAAGAGUCAGGUCUGUUUUUUUCUUCAAACUCAAAAUGGAGACACAUAAUAGAAGCUUCCUCGGUGCAAUCAUCACUUCGCAACCCCCAAACUCUGAACUUUGACCCUUUGCAUUGUGGGUAGCCAAAUCACAGUUUGCCCCCUGUACGAGGAGCCCGAAAUUCCCGUGCUCCAUGUCUCACACUGGGAGACCUGCUUCGUAUUGUUCAACCUCAAACUCUCACACACAGAGUCAUUCAGCAGCCCACUUCACACCUUGUCAGCCUCUCGUCCCCCUCUGGCAUUGUUUAUGAAAGCAUGUCCACUUAGUGCUGCCCUGUCUGCCCUCUCUUGCUGUGGUGCCGAUUACCCACAUCCUGAGUCCACUUCACUCCCUCUUCUCCUCUCUUCUUUACUUCGCCUUGCACUCUCACUCCUCGAGGGAAUUCUCCCCCUCUCCUGUGCUCCAUCCUCCAUGACAUGCUGCUCUCUUUUCCCUUCCCCUCAUCCUCAUGAAUGAAGUUAGAUAGAAACAAUAAAAUCAAUCAAACCCCUGCUCUUCCUUUUAUCUGCACCUUAUUCACUUUAUCCUCUGUUCCACUGGCUUGCAGAGCCGCUGUCUCUCUGAUCCUCUCCUUCUUUCAUGUUUCGCCUUUCUUUAUCUCGCUCCCUCCUGAGGUAAUAAACCCGGUGUAUGGCCGGGAAGUGCUGAGAGGAGAGACUUUCAUGUCCCUUAGCUCUGGGAUUAGAGGGAGCUGCUCCGGGAAAAGCAUUGAAGCCCCCCCAGCACCUACCGUCUGCUGUUGUUGGAUCCUGGAAUAAAGCCCGAACUCCUGCUCAGCCUGCAAGCCUGGAAAAGCUCACAUUUCCUGGAUACACCACCACCCUCAUAUCCAGCUUCUGUCUUGCCUCCUGCAGUUUCAGCGACACAUGUGGACUGCUCUAUUUUUGAGCUCACAUGUUAUAUUUGUGUGUAUCAUACAAUCAUUUCAACAUGUCAUCGGUUAAAGCAGAAUAAUUUUCAAUCAACACGUUAAAACUAGAAAAGAGAAAAUUUUAGACCUCGGGAUUACUUAGGAGAAUAAAGUCGUUGUUACCUGUUGUUAGUUGUUUAAAUGAGCGCUGCUGAGCAUUGAGAUAAAUUGAACUUCAGUUUCACAAACAAGGAGAUACUAAAUUCUUUGGGGUUUCAGCAUCACAUUGUCAGGAGUAUAAGGACAAAUGCAAGAAAUGCAUCUUUUCCGCAGAAAGAACCAGGUGGACUUGUUGGGAAUCGCUGUUUUUGAGGAGGGGGGAAUGGCUGGAAAUGACUGUGCAGGAGCUAAAUCCUUCAAUGCUUCCAUUUAUGGAAAUAGUUUCAUAUGGCUUUAGUUUAUCGUAUGAAUCUAUUUACCAUAAGAUGUUGAAGCCUCUGCAGGUGUUGGUUGCUGCCGGUAUUGUGCCGGCAUCAGAGACAGACGCGGUGUUCGUCGGAGCUCGACUCCCCUUCAGUCGCUCCAUUGUUUGGAUUGUUUCUUGAGAAACAACAAAAGCUCUCUCUGAAUGACCCACUGAUGCACCCACAGAAGCUCCACAAAAACAGCUUUAAGACUUCAUUUACUUAUUAUUCCCGUAAGUAAUGAUUUUAUUACAGCUUUAUUAAGUAAUUCCGAGUUCUAAAAUUAAAAUUUUUCCUUUUCUGAAUGUGGCCUUAAUACUCCGUCGUGCAGCAGGAACAAGAAAAUACUUAAAAAGUUGUGUAAUGUUAAAAAACAAACAAACAAAAAAAAACACUUGGAGGAAAUAGGUCAGCACUUCCAAAAUAAAGCUCCAUUGAUGACGUCAUCACCUACAGUAAAUCAUAUCAUAAAUAUUCAGGGAAUAAGGAUUGAUGGCUAAUACCAAAUGGAUGUGAUCUCCAGGCCCUUAGACAGCUUUACAGAAAUGACUCUGUAGUGGAACUCACCACAUGAACACUAAAUCAUUGGCCGUUAAUUGACCAUUCUCAAUUAAAUGCGUCAUAUUUGAUUUAUCCACAUUGAAUCGAGGUCAUAUAUUGCAUCAGUUUUAUGAAGAUGACUCUAACAUAAACGUAAGGAUUUUCUUGCAUUCAAACUUAUUAUUCACUCAUUAUUCUCUCCUCCUUUUUAAUUUAUUUCCAUCAGAUUCGCUCUGCAUGCCGUCUUGUCCAGACCUGCACAAUACUACGUCCUUUACAUCUGACUCAAAACAAGGUACAGGACUCAGCAUUCUGUGGACAAUGUCAUGAGCAGAAGUAUAUUUAUUGUUGAAAACAUAAAUAUAUAAAUUAGGGUUAUUGCUGUUUUGAAAAGUAAUAGCGGUUAAGUGAAAGUCUGAAAGCAUUUUGAGUAUUAAAGUGUGGUCCCAACACAAUCAAACACCGGAUUUGAUGUGAACGCCGACUGUGAAUGACACUUUCGAUUUAUAAAAAUAGCACCAGAAAACCCUUGGCUAGUUUAUUCAGGCGUGUGUGUAAUCCAGCAGCCAAUCAAACGUUCUCCUCAUUGACUCGCUCUUUCGCCUUUGUUGCAAAAUCCUCUGGCAAACUUCCUCGUUUCACGGGGUGGAGGAUGUUUUUCUUCGUUGCACAUUCAUCACUGUUACAGGAACUGGUGAGGAAGUUAUUGUUUGUUCCAUCGAUACACGGGGUUUGACCCGUGCUGUCGUGUUUUCAGGCCACCUCAGGGCACCCGUCAUCAUCUGUCCUGAUGGUAUGUAGCUGCAGAAGGUGUGAGUGUGAGUGAACAAGGAGCCCAUUGAUGCUUUUGUCGAUUCACUUUGCUCGCUCAUUCACUCUGUGAGGUGGACUUUACUCUUUGCAGGACAAACAUGUGUACUUGUGAAGCAGGGCGGCGGGCGGGCAUCUUGCCUUAUCAGUGUUAAAGUGAUAUCGGCACAUAGUGUUUUUUUGCACUAGAUAUAAGUGUGUUUGUUUUAUUUCUACUCAAGAUGUCUCGUUACCUUCGAUAUCACUUUGAUAUGACUCGUAUCAAAUGUACGUGGAUAUUUUGAGGGGAAACGACACAGUUACACUCACUGAGACAUGAGUUUCUGCAGGAUAUAACAGGUAUGAAUGUGACCUACACUGCAAAGAUUUAAAACUGAGCCUUUUUAUCUUCUUUUACUUUGUCUUAACUGAAUACCAUGUAACUUAAUAUUAUCUGCAUUCACCAGGUAAGUCCAGAUAAACAUCUAGUUUUAGAUAUAAAAUAUGAGUGUGGAGUAAUUGCUGUAAUUAGCAGAGCAGAUUUAGUAGAAAUAGAAUGAAUAUUUUAAAAGUGUGUUUAAUUGAUUGUACUGUGUUUAAUCACUUUAAAUAUACAUCCAUCCAUUUUCUGCCACUUAUUUCCAUUCCGGGGUCGCAGGGGGGUUGGACCUAUCCCAGCAUCUUCGGGCGAAAGCAGGGGACACCCUGGACAAGUCGCCAGUUCACCACAGGGCUGACAUAUAGAGACGAACAACCAUCCACGCUCACAUUCACACCUACGGGCAAUUUGAAAGUGGCCAGUUAACCUAACUCCACUUCUGCAUGUUUUUGGGAUGUGGGAGGAAACCAGAGUACCCGGAGUAAACCCACACAGACACAGAGAGAACAUGCUAACGUCACACAGAAACACCCUGACCCGGAUUUGAACCCAAGACCUUCUUGCUUUGAGGCGACAGUGCUAACCACUACACCACUGUGCCGCCUGUUUAAAUAUACAUAAAAAAAAUUUGAUUCGUCCACACUUUUUAUUGUUCUUUUUAAUCGGAAGUUUUUAAAAAUAUUAAAAUAAUUACCAGUAAAACUAUCAUUUAGAAGAAGUUUGGUUUAACUAACUUUGAAUGAGUCUUUUAUAUCUGCAUAUUUUGCGUUUGUAGAGAAUCUUGUGGGACAAAUCUGACAAAUGGAAGAUUGUAAUUAUCAUGCAUCAUAAACUCUUCUUGUCCCCAAAGGCCAACGUCACUUUAUGGGAUGGGUCGGGUAAAUUUAGCAGAUUUUUCUGACAUUACAGGAAUUUUAGGUCCUACUUUUGGUUUAAAAUAAGACGUUUAUCUGGACUUUCAGGUGUUUUUUGCUUAUGUUGAAUCUAAUAAGAUAUGUUUACUUCACACUUGCCUUUUGAAGUGUAAUGCGCUGUCUGAAUGUUUGUUUGCAAGUGAAAUUAAGAUCAGGUUGGAGAUAUUUUGGCGAUGAGGCUGACAUUCUUAAACUCCCGCUCACUCCUCUGGUUUACUAGCGGCCCCUCUUUAAAUAUCUACUCCACCCCUGACCCACAUUUGCGCAUCUUCUCCACCAGGUUAAAUACAAACACACAACCACAACAUAAGAAAUGAAGAUAAUUCCUGCUUGGAUAUAAGUAAGCUUGAUAUAUUUCAUAACAAAAAUAAAGCAUCUUCCUGUACUGACUCUCACAUCUUGUCCUUGCACACAUAUCCAAACCAUAUACAAGACUUGACAUCAUUCAAAUAUACUGUAAUAUAAUAAGAAACAUGGAUGACAAGAAUAACAUAGACUAAAAAAAAUGACUUUGAGAUCGUGAGGGUUACAAAGAGCUGAACCUGACCACACAGAAAUCUUUCAUGUCUCCAAAAUCAUUAAAACAUCUUUUUCAUCUUCUUCCUUUCUUUUUCGUACAGGAAGCAAAACGUCCACACAUAUAAAUAGUUUGUAAGUAGCGGCGUGUCCUCCUUCUCAAAUUGAACUGUACAUAACAAAUAGGGCAGAGUCACAUGAUCGCGGAGGAUUUCCUCUUGACUGAGAGCGCAAAUCCCCAAAACUCAAAACCGGUUCAUACUCCAUCCAGUCAUUUAUGGAAAACACCUCAAAUUGUCACUCGCAGUCUUUCUUUUUCUGCCGUCUGUGGAUGAAAGAGUCAUCUAAGCAGGGCAGGGCUGCUUCGUGUCCUCGUGUCGCGGCUCAUCCUCUGCCGGGACCAGAUUCCUGUGAAAACCCGUUCCUCUCUGUUUUGCCGCCAUUUCUGUCAUCUUCAAAUAAAGUCCAUCAAAAUGUUCAUCGCGUUUCCCUUUCACCGUCGCCCUCCAGCCUCUUUCUGCCCUGCCGAGCUCUACGCCACUUUUCUUCUUCUCCCUCAAAGGCAGGAGUCACUUGUCCAGAGAGGUGGCGUCCAUCAGAGGAGGUCAUCAUCACUGAUUACCGUUUUUUAGAAAAAGCACCUUUGGCAUCUUAUUUAUUCGUAUUUUUUUUUGUCUCUUUUGUGUCUGUCAUCUCUCAGAAAAGUUCGUGUUUGUUAAAAACGAAGGUUGCAUGGCAGUGGGGGAGAGGACAGAGCAGGUCUCCUGUUGGCGGCGUCCCUCCCACGCUGGAGUUCUGAUUGGUCUCACCUCACGUCCACUGCGGGAGAGAGAGAGACGAAACAGAUUAGUCUAAAAGUUUGACGAAUUUCAUCACGAAAAGAAAAAUCCUCAUGCACCACACACAAGACCCACAAUGUUUCGAUUACGUUCCUCUGAAGACGGUCAAAUUUGUGUCUCAUUUUUGUUUGGGUGAAAGGUCAAGGAGAGGUGCACCAAUUUCAUUAUUUUGUUCAGAAACCUCUCUCUCUUUUACUCUCACGCAAACAUAAAGAGGAUAAAUGUUGGUGGUGACGAAACGAUGCAGUGAAACAAGCAGAAACAAGUCGUGGACCCUGUCUUUCUGGAGGACACAACAAACACAACACGGUGACACAAAGCAGACGUAUGAAGUGAGCAUGCUUAGCAGGCUACAAAAUCAGCAUGCAGCAUUGACUGAAGGCGUAGUACUCCUUGGCCCUCCCUCCUCGCACUCUGAUUGGCUGUGAGGUGAUUGGUGACAGUGAUUGACAGGCCCUGUUUGUGCCCUGAUUGGGCGGACGGUGCAGUGCCAAAAGGUGAGAGGACGCUGCGGUGGUGCUAAAGUCCUACCUGUUCCCUUCACAGCUCUCCAGUGGACUUUGGGUACUGAGCGCAACUUUAUUAUGUUGCCAAUAAAUCCUUGCUGGGUCUUAGCUUUUUAGGUUUCCUUUUUUUACCUUUAGCCCUACGGUGGCCUGAAAACACAAAGUCAGGGAGGGUGGAUAGGAAGGAGGGUUAAAAAGCAAGAAACAGGGAUUUUUUUUUAUGGCACAGAAAGAAGCACAACAGCCCUGGGACAGAAGCAGAGUGCAAAGAUACGACACACUAUAAAUACUUCAGAUGCCUUAUCAGCACACAUCACGGCGCUUAUCUGCUCGCAGAGAGAGAGAGAGAGAGAGAAAAGCUCCGGAUCAAGGCGCUGGAAGUUUUACCUGCUGUCAUGCCAAGCAGCCUUUGGACACCCUCCCUUAACACACAGACUUGUACACGUACACUUUCACACACACACACACACAAGCUUUACAGUUUUGCAAUAGCAGGCCACCUCACAGGUGUGUCUGUCUGUUUGGGAGCAAUCAUGGAAAAAAAGGUCAUUCAGUGCAGAGCCAAAGGGACACACAGACAGACGGACAGACAGAGAGACAGAGAGGGUGACAAGCUCAAAUGCUGAUAGCCGACUUCUGUACUGCUAAAAAAAAUGUAUGCUAACGAGUUAUUAGGUUUAUUUUAACAGCAUUUGAGCUUCCCAGGUAGAUGACCCACAUAUGAAUGCUGUUCCUUUAACGGGCACGAGGAAGUUAGGAAGCAACAGGAAAGAUCUGGGGCGUGAUGUGAGGAUUGAAGGCCACCAGGCAUUGCCAGGAUUCUGGUUGAUGAUUUAUUAUACCUGUGCGGUAACAUUUACCUGGUUCUGCGUCUGAAUGCUCCACCACGUGAUGUUGUGACGUACACACGCACUCCAGGUGGUCUUCUAAUCGCACAAAGACCUCUUUCAGCUUGGGUCUUCUCCUUACGUACUCCACCUUCGCUACCUGCAGAGAGGAAAGGAGAAAAGGUCAUCCGCAGAGCCAACUCCGACAACGCCAUUACUCUUCCAUGUGUGCGCCCGACGCUAACAUCAAGAGGCGUAGCGCUGUGACUGAUGACUCUUUCAUAUACUGAUUCAUAAAAAAAGAGCUUCGCCUCGCUGUGUUUGAAGUGUGACGGCAGCAUUCCUCGCAAGCUGCUGCAUUGAGACCCACGCGCUGGGUGCGUUAUGUGUUGUCGAUCGGGUGUGUAAAUACUGAAUGGAGUGUACGACCCUCUCCAAGCGAGCUCGAACAAUAAGAGUCGGGAAAGAUGAAGGGUAAGGGGUGCGGACAUGCCUUUACGCCCAGGGAAGGUUUACCCUGGCAGGGGAAAAGAGGCUGGGAGAUCCCUCCUCUUUGCUCCAGGCCUGGAGCACCCACAUCCAGACAGACACACACCUAAACUCCUCCGCCUUGUUCUGACUUGUAGGCUGCUUUUAAACCGCGUUGAUUCUUCUUCUUCACGGUUAGGGAAAGUGCAUGCUCAGAAACACAGUUUACAUGGUCUAAUAUAAGCAGUAAAACCCCAGAAAGCGGCCAUUACAGUCGAGAAAGCACAAAAGCAACGCAGGAAUUCCUCUCCUUGAGUCCGGCUAACACCCUCUCCGUUUAACACAACAGGGCUGACCUCCACUUCCCACUCAAACGCUCAUAAUGAAAAGGACCGAUCCUUGGAGGGUUAUGAAUAGGCUAUGUUGAUUAAAGCUUAGAUGAAAGCUGAAUAGAGAAGGUUGCGUGGAGGUUAUGAUGAUCUUGUUGUGUAACUCAGGGGAGGUGGCUUCAUCCCUCUCUGAUCUGAGUGCCAAGGGCAGGUAACCUCCAUGCUCACCACUGAGGGCCUGGGGCCCGCAUGGAAACAAUAUCCCUCAGCUUCACCUAUCCUCUUGGUCACCGCACGAGAGAGGAUAUUGGCUGACAAUCUCCCCGUGUUAUGAACAACACACUUUUGCAGUCGGCACGCCGCUCACACAUGCACAGACAGACGGCCCGAACUCCUGAUGGGUUUUCUCUCUCUAUCCUGCGAUGGCGCGCCGCCAAGGCUGGCUCUUGGCGGUGAAUUAGUCAUGCAGACAAACGAACAUACCAAUCCCUGUCUGAUAAAACAAAGUGUUAUGUUGACAUUCACACAGCCAGAGCUGCCUCAUGUCAGAGCUGUAACAAUAGCUGGAGGGUCGUCUGGGGAGGCUAACACCGAGAUCGGGGACCGGCGGUUUCACCAGUCGCUCCUUUGAAACUGUUCCUUUCCAUGAAGGGAAAGAAGAGAGGGACUGAAAAGAGGGUAAGCAAGCAGAGGAGGUAUGCAGUGAGCAAACACGGGACAAUGGUGUCUGGGUUAGCAGUGGUGCAUUUGGUGUUAUCAGCCCGAACAGAAAGAGAGAGAGGGUGAAAGGGACUGAAACAAGACCACGGACCAUUGCGGUCAGUAGGGUGUGUGUGCAAACAGACAGAGGAGGUAAGACUGACCAUGAUCAUGACUUGAAUAAGAUGACAUUCAUGUGUUACCUAUUAAUGUCAGUUUCUGGGUGACCAACACUAACAGAGAAGUGAGUAAACCACGGCUAAUGUUUGAUCAAAUCAUCAGGCGUGAGGAAGGAAGGAAGCAGCUGUCUGUGUGGACGACUCCACUGCCAACUGUAAUGGGGACUCACUGAGCGUGUGGGGGGGUCCUGCUGGGAGUUUAAAGACAUACACAGAAACCCCAAACAAACAGCUAUUGACAGAGGGAGAAAGUGACGGCCCCACGGAUGAGAGGCCCAGUGGCGAGCUUGUCUCCUUGGCCCCUCACUCAUCGGGGUUAGAAACGCUCCUUCCUCAGUGGCGUUACCUCAACACACUUCCACUUUCGAAUGCGUGUGUCAGUGUGUUGUAUGUUGUAAGCGCUCUCCUGUUUCCUGUUUCUUUUGUUAUGGGAAAAGCUCGACACCAAAGCUAUUUUUACAUUUUUACUCCCCCCUCCUGGUCUUCCAUUUUUAGCCACUUUUUCACUUCUGUCCUCCCGAUCCUUGGUGGAGUCAGUGACUUCCCACAUAAAACAUACAUCAGAAAGAGACCCCCAUGCUACGACAAGGGGCCCCACACUCUCUUUGUAUAAAUCAAACCACUCUAAACUCAAUAGAGAGCAGGGACCCUGAGAACGAAUCCCGUGAGGGGCUUUGGAAUGAUAUCCGAUCCAGAGGGCUGGGGUGAGACAGGGGGUUCUGGGAAGUGUGCCCCCCCUCAGGGUUAGUCCUUGGUGUCUACGCUGCCCUCCGUGUGAAGCUGAUUGUCCCGCGUGGACUAAUUGGAAAUUCCCCGAGCAUAAAGCGCCGUUGAGCGCAUGAUGGAGGGGAAAGUUUUUCCACAGCCGUCCAAAGAAAACAGAAGUGAGGGUUCAGCCAGGACUACGCUCAUCAAAAAGAAAUGAUUUAUAAGUUAUUAACACGUGCGCACGUGGAACGCCAAGGCCUGAGGCGGGGAGAGCAUCAGCAAGGACUCCCAGGUUCACCGUAACAAAAGUGAGCUGGGGUGGAGGCAGGUUGGACGCUGAUGUGUGCUAGAGGUCAGAUCAGCUCUGCCUGAACUUAUGCUGCAUUCCAGUUGUACUUGGACGUCGGAAAUUCAUCUGGAACGCACCUUUGAGGUCGGAUUUUUGACUGGCCACUGCCAUCGGAGGAGAAGCGCUCACGAGAUCACGAUCAUUCUCACGAGACUGGACGAGAUCGCACAAGCUCUCACGUGUGUUUCCCAGGGAGUCAUAGAAUGAGAUCCGCCGAUCGGUGUAUAUAAACACCCACAUCCCACAACCCUGGCCUCUCCUCUUAUUAAGUUAGGAACAGUUCAAUGUAUUGACUUUAUUUCAUUUCAAAAAUUAAACAGAUAUUUUACUCUGUAACCGCAUACAACUUCUGCUGCUGCUAGUUCUCUGGCAUCCGGCAAAAAUAGAAGCUUUGCCUAUCUGAUUUGACCGCAUCCGGAUGCCAGCCGGAUUCUGUGGAAUGACACAUAUUGAUUAUAAUGCUUGCGGGUUUUGCCCGUAACUGUAUACAUGGUGCUAUUGUGUUUGUAAGAGUAAAAUACUGCGUUAUGCGUUGUUUACAACUGGUAUAGCUAACAACCGCUAACAACAACUGACAACGGCUAACUGUAGGCAUCCAUCUUGGUUUUCCGACUUAUUUACUGGAGCGCCGUCAACAUGGGUGCAACGUCAUUCCCAGCUCUGACAUCCAACUUUCGAGGUAACUGGAACGCAGUAUAACACAACCUGCUGCUUCACACACACACAUGCAUGCGUGCAUUUAUCACGCCGCUCACAACUCUGUAACGCCAAAAAGUCUUUUCAUGGCACCCCAAUCUCUCCUCAUCUCUCCCACUCACUGAUAUAUCUCCAGAUGGACGUGUGCGCCUCCCCGUGACCCCAUCAUGUGCCGCACCACCCCGCUCCUGCUGAAACAUCAAAUAUCAGAGAGUCUUUAGACGUGUGCGAUUCUUGCAUUUAUUUCAUUCCCAACUCCCCGGUCUUCACAGACAUAGCGCAGAAGUGCAGAUGAGAAAGACAUUACUGAGCACUUAAAAAGAGAGGAGAGUAAAUAAGACUUUAAUGAGAGAGUAAAAAAAGACUGACAGAGGAGCAAAAUUAAAGAGUGGGAGAUAGCUCCGCUGCAGGAGAGAGACAGAAAGGGUGAGGAGGGAGUGAACAACUAUUUCACAUAACAGACAAUCAGACUCCAAAGACCGCGCAGCGGAGAGAAGUGGAGGUGGAGGGGGAGGAUGAAGUCAGAGGGGAAGACCGUAAGGGAGGACAGGAGAGGAGGAGUGAAGGAAAAUACAGAAAUGAAGUAAAAUAUGAUUAAAAUACGCCUCCUGCUACUCUUCCUGUUCAGACUGAUGCAUUCCAGCCGGCGUGGCGGUAGCCAAACUCUCCGACUUCUGGCUUGGUUGGGACGCUCCCAUGGUCUCUGACCCGCCCCUCAACCCCCGCCGCGCACACCGCACACACAUUUAUACACACACACAAACUCCUUCACCCUUCUUCAUCGAGUGGAAGAGCUGCGUGAAUCAAAGGGAAAAUAAUUCACAGCUGCAGAGGGACUUCAAACAGGGAGGCCCCUCAUUCCCAUCUACCCCCCCUCUUCACGUAAUCCACGGGACCCCUCAGACGAUCAUAAAUCACGCUCACUGUAUCACCGUCACACUGUCUUUUAUUUAUGAAACACCCCGUAAGUCAGGGUCCCACACAACCGCAGGGCUACAGCUACCGCUUCCCCCAACACCCGGAUCUGACCCCACGUCGCCAAGGUAACUGUCAGUCCGCUUGCAUGUGUGUGUGUGUUUGUGAUGGGGUCGGGGCCAGUGCAGGGAGAUGUGUGGACCCCCACACUCAGCACCGUGGCUAUAUCCGCCUGGCCUCUGUCAGCCUCCACUUUGAUCCAGCAGCCAUCAACACUUCAUUACUCUGCGGCCCGUCUUCCUCUUGCUGCCGCUUCACACAAACGGCCUUGUCCCUGCGCUGUGCUGCGGUGGGGGAGUUUACGUAGCCUAGCAUAAAGCGCGCACACACGCACGCGAAAACAAUCUCUUUCUUUGGUUUACACAGAUGUGCGCCGCCGACCCUCCCUGACCUCUGAGAAAUGCUUGAUCAUUUCUUCAAGGACCAUCAAAAAGUUUCCAGCUACUAACUCAAAACAUGAGAGAAACUGAACUUUAUUGUUGGAAACUUGUGCUGUAGUCAUUUGACUAAACCCACGCGGCACAUGAUGAGAAUUAAAUCACUUUUUGCUUCUAUUUACAGUUAAUUUGACUGAAUUAAAAAGUGAACCACACAAAUACGGCAAUUUAACCAUUUUUGCCUACUUUGUGGGACUCCAGGGUAUAAUUAGCAGCUCAUUUGUGCUUUCUUCAUAUUUUUCUUUUCACUUUCCAAGCUGCAAAGUACUUUUUGAGCCUGUCUUAAACACAACUAAAGAGCCAGUCGUAGUUAUCUGCUGCAGGAAAAGCAUGCACCUCAAAUCCGUGCACAAAUAUGACCCGUCUUUAUCUGUUUAUUUGGGUCAGAAAAUGAGAACUCACAGAUAAAAUGUGCUUUCAGAGUUAAUGAGUGAGAGGAUGAGUGACGGCUCUAUUAUUUCUGUGUGUUAUGAGCUGUUUUAUCGGCCUCAUAGGGAGAGCAAACAGAGAUUCAAAUGCAGUGACUCCAACUCAAAUAUGAACAAAGAAUCGUGCGCACAAAAGAUCGCGGAUCCAUAUCCCACACACACCUUGCAUAAGUCUCCCCCAGUCCUGCAGUCAAAAAACAGCGCUUGUUUUAUGGGUGAAUUUUUCUAGCGGGCCUCGGAGCCAAAACGCUGAGAAAACCAUCAGAAAUGCUGGACGCGGCUGCAGCCAACAGCAGACAGAGAGAGGGAGUAAGAAAGACGGAAGGAGGAGGACCAGAGGAGAUACGAGAGAGAGAGAGAAGAGGACAAGGGUGAGGAAACAGACAGGAGAGGAUAAGAGAGGAGAGUCAACGAGGGGUUCGAAGAAUUUAUCCUGACAGCGCCAUACCAGCUCUAACAUUUCAAUCCCAUCAUGUUAAAGUUGAAAUCAACCCGCUUUUCAAUCUUUUGUUUGGCAGCAGUUUGGGUACUCUGGGACAACAAGAGCGGCUUCAUUUACAUGCGGUCGAUAUUCAGGUUAAGGUCAAUAUUCCGGUUUCUGAAACAUUCAGAAUAACCCGUUUAUAUGCGUGGGAAAACAGGGUGAUUCCUGUUUACAUGGUAUCCCAAUCAAAAUGGCCAUGCACGGUAGGGCUGCACAAUUAAAAGAUUUUAAACCAUAAUCGGAUCAUUCGAUUAUGUCAUAAUCGAAUAAUCCGAAAUUAAAAUAGUCAAAUUGAUUUUCCUCUCUAUCAUGUCUAGCGCCUCCAGGCCACCGUAGGCUCCCCCUUCCUGCAGGAGCACUUCCCAGUUCCCGCACACACCGGUGUAAACAAACAUGGCGUUUGCAAAAGAAGGCGAUAAUCUCAUGGCUGAAUAGGGCGAGAGCAAGUCAGUCGUGUGGAAUUGGUACGACUUCGCAGUUUUGGAUGAAGCGCAAACCACUCCCCGCUGCAAAGUCUGUCAGAAGGCGGUAUCAACCCGUCCACACAGAAACUGAUUCAGGAGUCAACGCAAUAGUUUGUUGUCGUAUCGGCGUUUAGAGUGACUGUAAAUGUUACUUUUUGAAAACGGGUCAGAGAGUGCAUAAAUCCGUAAACCGAUGCCUAUCUGCAUCUCUCGAAAUGAUCGUGACCCACUGCGUAACUCUUUUAUGGCCUAAACUAUUAAACUAUUCCGGUUAUGAAAGGGUUAAUGACCACAUGUAAACGUAGCCGGUGACACAGCGACCAGACAUACACACGAGUGCCAAGCACAGGUACUGUGACUGAAUUAUACUGAAGCUGCUGCAAGUUGUGCAGAGUUUAAGUCGAAUAUUGCCUUGUCUUGUUCUCAUGACCUCAGCGUUGGUUACUGUCUCAUCUCAUGAGCUGAAUGAGUGUAAAAAUAUGAAGGAAUCACUUUUUUUUUGGAAAAGGAAACGUAAAAGCAAAGAGUUGGAUUUAGGGAGUGAAUACGGAGUCAUUUAAAGGAGUAGGAUUGAAGUGAUGGAGGAGGAAUGUUGGCAUGAUACAGUCUGAAAACAAAAAAUUAUGAGGAAUCUUUUUUCACUCCCUCGUAAAUUUGUUUUCCUAACUUUCUGUCUUUCUGUUUCUCUUUCUUGCUCUGCCAAUCUCUGAACCUGAAAGACUCUUAUCUUCACACCUGUCCCAUUCACAGCGUCAACACACAACAAGCAUCAACCGACAUUUGCAUGAGUAAAGUUGUGAUAUAACACGCCUAUGAUGGUGGGAUAUCAAAGCAAAAGAAAGAGGAAGGCUGAAUCAAGAAGGACUUUGAGAUCUGCCCCUUCUCCUCCCUCAGGCUGGUCCUAUUUAAAGUUGCUUUUUUUAUUAAGACUGAACAGCACAGGCUUGUACAGUACGGGGCCUGUGCGGACCCGUUCCCUCUUUUUUUGGGAUCGUAGCAUGAAAAAGGAAAGAGGGAGUGAAACAGAAGAGGGGGAAUAAAUAAAUAAAGGUGCAUUUGGAGAAAUGCAUAAUGGCAUGAGAUGGAAAGGAACACAUUGGAUGUGUUCUUUUCCCAUCCUUGGCCAGCAGAAGGAAAACAAGUCAGGCCCAGGGUAGACAGGCAACAUUUUUAGCUUUCUAAUAAACGGAGGGAGAAGCACAAACUGAACCCCUAUUCACAUACACUGCUGAGAGGACAGAGAAGGGGGGAAAAAAAAGAAAAACUUGGCAUCAGACAAUGUUUCUCAUACACAAAGUGGUGAAUGUGUCCUGACCGGAGCGAGUCCUGGUGGAUGACCUUUUUAGGGAUACGACGCCUCUCAUCCCCCCCCUCGCCUGAGGCUAGUACCACAUGGAAAACAGCCCCUUAAGAAACCCUGCCCACCCUCUCAACUUUGUUGGCUCAUUUUGUCCUCAGUGUCACGAAGGGGACAUGGACACAGCCGCCCAGACUCCGACAUUGCGGCUGAAUCGAGCUUUAUAGAGUGUUUUCCGCCGCCGUCAGUGUCUCUCCGUCGCUCUCCAUCACCGCGAUCACAGACAGAGCUCCUAUUGAGGGUGAUGUCCACUGACUGUCUGGCCAACCAACCGGGAGACAGACAAGCUCGCACGCAGACAGAGAAAGAGUCACGAGUUGUGUUUUAUAUCAGAACUCGUCUCUCUCACAGAACCAUGAGUCAGCAUCUCUGACUACAAACCCUGUGCCCUGGAUGCAGAACCCUUUGGCCCACAAUGACGGUCUUGCAGGAGUUUAAAAUCCUGACUGAUUUGUAGAAAAAUAGGCAAACACUACAAGGAACAAAACACGAGUGUUGUUUGUGUCAGGGACAGAGUGUAACUCCUCACAUGAUCUCGUAUGAUCUCAUGUGAUAUCACGAGGAGGCAGAUGUAAACAGAAAAGAGGCCGAUCGCAGCUGGUCGUAAUGGGGCAGUAAGUCCAGAGGAGGAAGGGUUUUGCACUCUCCAGGAGGUGAUGCUGCACCUGUCCUGUGACAUUUGGAUGUACAGGAGUUGUAUUGUUAAGGUAUGGUUUGUAUUUUGUUGAUGAAAUGUCAGUUUGUCAUUGCUGUUGAAAGUACGGAUGCACAAUAUUUUCAGUAUGUGAUCAAAUGGUGCAUUUAUCAUGUGCAAAAAUGGCACAAAAUUAGCCCCUUUAUAUUAUCUUAAAGAUGUUUAAUUCUAAAACAAAAACACAGAAGAAAAGAGUCAAAGAUAAAAUGAUUGGUGACACUGAUCAACCAAAGGAAGUCAACCGAGGAGCAACUGGGGAAGAUCACAGGUUCUCCCAAUAGCUCCUGAUUGACCAGUAAACCUUGGCCUAGAUCUGGAUCUACAUUCUGGUAUCGAUAUCAAACUUGCCCAAAUGAGCCUGAAAACACUGGCCUAUUGGAUAUCAGUAAAAAGUCAAUACCCUGUAUCCUCAGUUGGAACAUUUAAGAAACUCUGUUGGUUCCUCAGACCGACUGUCACCAGAAAUCGAGUAAGAAUCAACCCAGUUCUUCUGCAAACUCGAAAAAGAGGUCAGAAAUCCUGAAACGUUCCUGCCCUGUGCCAGUGUGCCAAGAGAACGGAAGCAGCAACAGGUGGGGUUGGUAUUUGUUUUAUUACUUUUCUGCUCUAUUGAGGAGGCAUAACUAAAACCCUGCGUGAGGACGAGUCGAGACAGCAAUCUCACAGCGCCCAUGGCCGGACAAGAUCACAAUGAUUAAAGAGACGACAGAGCGUAUAGACGAGCCCAAAGAGAAACACAAACACAGUCAGAGUGUUCCAGGCUUUCCUGUUUAUCCCCAGCUUGUCUCACAUAACUCCCAUACCUCCAAACAGAGUCGUGCACCGGCUAACAGUCGGUAGUGUAAAUAGAGCAGAAAUACGACUCGGCUCCAGCCACGGCGUCUCCUCUGAUCCUGAACAGAAGGACAUGUUUUUAAGCUACCGAUGCCAACGAAACUCCAAGAACAGUGCAACCCCCUUCAUCCUUCUCUCUCGCUCUUUGUCGCCUUGUCUUCUCCGGGCUCGCUGCUUCCAGAAAAAGACUAAGAGCCAAACAAACGCAGAGCAGAGGGAUCGCAGUGCAGUAGCAGAUGACACUCAGAUAUUCUCAAGGUACAGAUUCUUCCCCAUCUCUCUCUCUCUUUCUGUCUGUCUGGAUUAUGUCUAACAGGAGCAUCCCUCCCCGGACGUCCUGGCAGUAAGUGCCAACAGCCCUCCUUGUUUGUCCCCUCUUUAGUCUCCUCUUUUUGCACCCUCUACCCUGGCGAAGUCCCUCUGGCCCCUCGCCUGACAUGGGAUAGAGUGAUUAAGAGCGAGGGUGGCGAUCGGGUGUAAUCGCAGGAGGGAGGGAAGGGGGCUCGCAGAGAUGAGGUGGACACUGUUUGGGUGCUGGCCAAGAAAACUGAAAGGGAAUGAGGCUACAGAGGAAAGAGGGAGUACUGAAGGCAAGGCGCACGAAAGAAGGCACGUUAACCCACCCUUGCAUGUGAUUUACUUACCUGGUGGAGCGGAAAUCGGUGGAGUGGGUGUGUUUGCGGAAUAAAUGGGGUGAAUAUGAGAUAUGCCUGGCGUGUUUCACCUUGCAAUGAAGUAAUAACUCGGAUUGAUUGUCUGCAGGCAGGCCUUGUUAGGACUUUGUGUUCCUUACCUUAACGGUGCGGUGGUGCUUGCGGGAAGGGUGACAGCGCAUGUUGCUUGUGUUGCAGCAGCCCGUGCAGCGCUUCACCUCCACACAGGGCGGCCAUAUCAGGAAGUUGGCGGACGUGGGAUCCACCUGGCUCCUGGGGAUCUCGUAGAUCACCGUCCGCGUCUUACACACCGCCGGGACCGCCUCCUCUACUGGAAAAGGGGGGGAAAGGAGGAGCCAAAUUCAGUGACACAUUUACCGAACGCGCACAGGUCCUGAUGCAUUGUUGUAAUCCGUCCUUUCUGCUCCCAGCUGGUUCACGCAUUCCUUAACUGCUCAUUAUAUGAUGACUCACUUGGUUUGGGAGCUGCUGGUCUUACCUCAGAUCACACCCAGCCUCUUUUAAGGCCGUUAAGAAGACAAGUUAUCCCGUAAGCUUGAUCUCAUAUCAGCUAAGGAGCUUUGGGAUCAAGUCUGUUAGACAUAAAGGGGGCUGCUCUUUUGUUCUGAGCCCUCACUGGGGUUAAUGCAGCGUGACUAGGCCAGAAAACCUCUAUGUGUGCCGGUGGGGAAAUCUAACAAUGGCCUCUGACCCUGUCUAGUGAAGUUAAAAGAGGAAGGCAGUAAGCAUUCAUUUGAGAUUUUACUGACAGGUACUCAAACCUAAAGACGUGUCGGAGAGCGUACAGUGGGAUACCGUUAUGUUGUAAAGAUGAUAUGUGCAGAACGAGACGGCUAUGGUGGACAGCUGCCAAAAUAGUAUAAUGUAUCAUACACGUUCUGAUACGGAGUGCACACUUGAAAUACGACCAGUGUGCGCUUUAAGUGCUGUGAGGCAGGGAGGGAUGUAAAGAACACAUAUCCAGUCUUAACACACACAUCAUACACUACAUGGUAUCCUUCAUGCCUCGAUCAGAUAUCGUACCGCGUGGCAUUUUAUGAAGAAAUCUGGCUGAGAGCUCAGGCGAGCUACAACUUGAGCCUUGAAUGCCUGGAAUUUCCACGCUCGAGGAUAAAUUUCUCUCCUGACGCGUGUCUCUCAGAUCUGCACGCCUCUGGCCAAUUAAAAGGCUUCAUGUCAGACGUCCUCAGCAACCUCACCAGUCUCGUUCCUCAUGAGUCCUUGAUUGUCGUAAAUACUGGGUAGACGUCUUCAUUAGGGGUUCCUUUUAUCCACAAAAAAGCAGUAUAAAAGCCACUAAGUGUUAUCUCUGCUUGAAAUUAGUGCAAAGUGAUCCGUUUCAUCUCCUGGGAACUCAUAUUUCAGGGCUGAUAUUUAAGUGGAGGUUAUUUUAAGGGCAAUAUGCCUCUAAAAAUACGAGCCAUGCCAAGUCGUGAUGUAGGUAGUGUAGUCAUGAUGCAACCUUAAGGCUGCAAAGUGAAACAUAUAGUAUUUUAGUCAUUCAGGCUUACCGAUGCUCCUCUUGCGACGGCUGUGGAGCUGAGAGCUCUUCAGGUCGUUGUAGUAACCAUGGUGACGGGAGUAGUUCUUAUGGUGGUUGUGGUGCUUGUGGUGUUUGGGCUCCUCGAUGACAUCGUUUCCCGUACCUCGUCAAAACAAGAGGCAGACUUAUUAAUAAUGUCACACAAAGACAGUUAUAGUUAAGUGAGACUUAUUAUGCCGACAUGAUAUUUACAUACAAAACUUGAAUGGCUUGUUCUCAUAACUUCAGGAGACUUGGCCUUAGCCUGAUGUCAGGAUCUGUCGUCCAAUCAGAGCAGUGCUAUAGGAAACACCCACCUAGCAGCUCUUCCAGAUUUUUUUUUCUCUGAGUCAGUGCCUAAAGUUGUUAAGUUAUUGGCAAGCGUUCUUUGACAGCUAUUUUCUCAUCCCAAAGACGAAGGCGAAAGAAAACAGCCACUGAUGCCUUCUUUGUAAACAAAGGCAUGCAUGUCAACUGUUACUGAAACCUGGAGCUGCGCUGUUGAUAAAAACUUUUAAAACUAUUGCAAUUUCAUGUAAUAGCUAAGACUGGGCAUAGUGUUAUGCUGCAUUCCAGUUGUACUCGGAAGUCGGGAUUUCCGAGCUCAGAGUCGGAAAUUCAUCUGGAACACCCCCCUGAAGUCAGAUUUCCAACUUGGAAAGUCAGACGAUCCUCGCCAACCCUGACUUGACGACAACCUCAUAACAACAGCUGACAACCGCUAACAACAGCUGGCUAACUGUAGGAGUCCAUCUUGGUUUUCCGACUCGUUAACUGGAACACCAUCAACUUGGGUGUAACGUCAUUCUCAGCUCCGACAUCCAACUUCCGAGGCAACUGGAACGCAGCAUCAGUUCAGGCAGGCAAUGAAAUCUUAACCCCUGCCUCAAUUGUCUCGUGUCAAAAUGGGCUUUCUUUUUAAGUCGCCGCAAAGUUUUUGCUAAUGCUCUGCCCUGCAUUAUCUUCUCAUGCACUUUACGGGAAUGAAAGGUGUGAGAGUUUCCUCCUGAAACACCAAGAGUAGAGCCAUGCCGCCAAAAUAUAACUCGUUACAUGCGAACAAUAAUUCCACCCUGACUGGAGCGGUGAUUUGGAGCAAGCAUGGGCCCUCAGAAACACUAGCAUGCACUAGACACACAAAUAGCAAAAAUGAGCGUGAUAUGUCUCCUUUAACACAACAGGCUACAUGACUACAGUGGGUGGUUGGCUGGUCUGCACAUGCUCCACUUCUGUUUUAUACAUCCUCUCCACAACACACAUUGUGUCGGUUACUCACACGACCAUAAUGAGACGGUAACUUCCUAUUGCCUUCCUGCGCUGUACACAACUCAUGUUUGAUUCCCUGGAGGACUAAAGAGUUCCCUUAUACGUGCUCAAACGCAGGCAGGGUUACAGCUGAUGACGGCCCAAUUUGAGGUAAAUGGUCCUGGGUACACCGGGUACACGCAGGACCUCUGUGUAAUUGCCUGCUUUGUGUGUCAGCCACACUCACUCAUUUGGCUGAACUUUCCCAGCAGGAAUAGCGUAUCUAGACACAGGUGAGUCAGCAAACUCCUUCACAAACAACCACUCAAGACACUUAAAGUGGUCAUUUGACAGGUGGUGCUCAGCCACUAUUAUCCCCGCUCCUAAUUAGUGGUUUCGCGUCUCUCAUUUAGAAGAAAUAUUUGCUCCUUCAAUCAUUCAGUUGCUCGGAAAAGUACACAUUACGUUGUGCUGCAGUGGUAAAACUCCAGUCUAAUACAGCCAGCUCAGCUUAUUCACAGUCAUGGUCAUCUGAUAAAGCUUGCUUGUUUUGGUCUCCACCCAGAAUAUGAGGUGGAUUACAGAAGAGUGCCAGAGCAGCAAUAAAGCGAUAAAUCUUGUACGCAGAUGAUACUGCUUUUCUCAAAGUCAGAGACUGUUUGCAAAGUGGGUGGGUCUACCUGUCUGAGCGUACCGCAUACCCACCCACCUAGUUCAUACAGCCCUACACCUGUACAUUCAACACAAACAUACAACUCAAAACUACACAAACCCCUCUUAUUAUCCUCCAUAACAUGCUAAAACCUAAUGUACACCAGCUCCACAAAGCUUAGCCACGGGCAAACACAUUCCACUCCUGUAGCUCCUUUGUGCUCCGACCAAAAUCUUCUGAAGGGAUUUCCUCCACCUAUACAUGGUGCACCUCUGGGAUUUGUUGUUUAUUUGCUUUUGGGUGCCUUCUUUUUUUUUUUCAUGUGUGCCCCUCUAAGUGAGAGUGGAUGGAAUUUCCUUCUAGCCUGCGGUGCAGUCAGUUAAGACAGCCGCUGACCCAGAACCAAAGGUCCGAGAAGGGGAAGUGUUGAGGCCUGGAGUUAAGCAAAGAGCUGAGCUAUCACUCUAUGAAGCAAGUAUACCCGCCUACGCACACACACACACACGGAGAAACAUACAGUGCAUAUGUCAAACACACUACACGGUGCAUGGCAUAUACAACCUCAAUAUCAUAGGGCUGCAAAAAAAAUAAAAAAUAAAAUGUACGUUUGUUCUAAAUUCAACACCUGAAAAAUGUUAGGACAAGUUAGCACCUGGACUCUUCUACUUCUGAGCACAAAAUGUAGAACAAGACAAGGGGGUCCCUGUCCUUUUGAGGAUGCAGUGUCUAUGAUUGGUUGGACCGCAGGACAGUUCUGCUCCUCAGCUCAGUCAGCACUGGGUCUAAGAAGUCCCCUGGAUGUCUGGAUCAUGUUUAAACAUGGUCUUGUCUUUGCGUGUUACAGUUUGAACCCACAUUUGUGGAUGCAGUGUCAUGAUACGUUCUGUAUGAGUUAGUUUUUCCCUGGGUUUGUGUCUCUCUGGAGUGUAUUUUGUGUUCCUGUUCCCCCUGUAGUCCUGUCUUGUGAGUUUCCAGUUUGUUUCUGACCCCGGUUCCCUCAUGUUCUCAGUGUUUUAUUGCUUUUAUCAGUUUUCAGUGGUUCCUGUUUUAUUUUGUUGUAGUUUGCGAUUGUGAUUCUGUGAUUAUCUGCACCUGUGUCUUAGUAUCUCACCUGCCUCUCGUUGCUCGUUUCGGUUUUGUCCCCCUUGUGAGUUUUGUUCCUUUGAUUUCGCUCCUUUUGUUUUUAACUUCGGGAUUUCUUUUGGUUGGACUAGUUUGAAAGUGAGUUUUUGUUGCUUCUUAUGUUAGUUCCUUUAAAAUAAAUCCUUCUUUUUGGAUCUGCAGUUUAGGUCCGUUCCCUUUUUUGACAACUUCAGGACAUAACAUGCAGAGACAAAUAGAGGAUCUUCAGGUGUAAUUCGAGGCCAUGUGUUGACUUCAAUGGCAGAGUCCUGUCUGUUUUUAAUACCAUUAAACUCUCUCAGUUUUGUCACCUCUGGGCUGUUUUGAAACAUGUUGCUGGCAUCAAAUUUAGAACGAGCAUUUCUUUUCCUUUUUCAGUCUCAACAUUUUGCAUGUUGUCUUUGCACCGUUUUCAAUAUUACAUGAUUUGCAAAACACCAAAUUCUGUUUUCAUCAACAUUUUACGCAGCGUCCCGAUUUUUUGGGGAUCUGGGACUGUAUAUGAAAACACACACCAACACUGCCUGCUCUGUCAGGUGGCCCGAUUGUGACAGUGGCGUGAUUUUCCUACCUAACAACCUUUUAACACAGCAGGUCACUGACUCCACUAGCUCCACUGUACCUAUCCCCCGCCCCCCUUCUUUCCUCAUCUCCCCCUGUCAGAGGAGGACAGGAGCGAGGGGUGGGAGUCACACCAGCCGGCCACCCGGAGACAGUUUGUGUCAGAGCUGACAGGAGAAAGGGAGCGAGGGCAUAAAGAAGUCCUUUAUAGACUGCAGAGUCCUCUUUUCAGCACAAUAAAAGGACCUUUCUGUUGGUUUUUUCCUCUGUAAGAAGGGAGAAAUAGAGAGAGGCAGGGGAAGAAAAAGGGUGUUAAAGAGAAAGGUGGAGACUGUGGAAAACUAGGGUGAGGGGUUUGCUUGUCCGUUGGUUCCAGGUGACUAAGAAGUAAUAACACACCCGGAGCGUCGUCAAACUGAGACAAGAGAAAAGAGGACAGGAGACAGUCUCUUUGCUAUGAAUCAGGCUUUCAUGACUCGCAAAUUACUCCCUCCAUUAGCUGAAGGCCCUGGCUCCCUCCCUUUACUCCUCCUCCCCUCUUUCUUUCCCCCCUUCACUUGUGCAAAUAGCCAACAUGUUGUUGACUUGUUGUGAUAAGUGCCUCCACAGUCCUCUCUGUCUCUCCUUAUUUCUUUACUGCCAACAGGGACAUGACUGACUUUACAGAGUGCUGGCUCGGGUCAAAUGGGCAAAAGGUCUUCCCUGUGGGUGUGGAAUCACAGGUAGGAGACGCAAUAACUUUGUUUUGACACUCCAGUUUUAUAGGAGGUGGCACUACACUGUACCAUGCACAAACACACUGCCAGCUUGGCAGAAACGAGGCAGAUUGCACCACAAAUCAAAGUGCAAAGAGGAGAAAAAAGAAGAAAAAAAAACGACCUCCAGAAUCCUCCUGCUCCCUCCCCUGAGAGUCAGGUUCCCUUUUCUGUCAAAGUCCUUCACCCAGAGAGAUAAGAGCAGGCGGGCUGGGGGGCCGUCUGAGGAGGGAGACGGGGAAAGAGAAGAGGAAAAGCGAGUAGAAGAGAGGAGAGGAGAGGAGAGGCGAGGCGCACCCUAAGGGGCCAGACAGCCAUCUGCAGACUUCAGCGGGGUCAUCUCAUCUGUCAGUCAGAGCUGGAGACACCGUCCUCACAGGACUUGUACACACACACACACACACAUACAGAAGCUCUAAAUGAACACAUAGCUGCCAUAACCCUUGCAGGAUGAUCCACAUAAAGCUGUGUGAUAAUAUCAAACUCCUGCCAGUGCCGAGCAGGAAAAAACAACAGCGCGAGGAUUUCUGUCUAAAAACAACCUCCUAUUUUCAGAAUUUCUCGGUGUAAACUCCCAGAAGAAAUUAUGUUUAAUUUAUUUGAUUUAAAUCACAGUUUUGUCCAUUCGUGACAGCUACCGCUUUUUAAAAUGCGUAUCAAUAGAAAUGCUUGCUCUGCUGACAAUAUUUAUCAGCCAUUCAUAUUCAAAGACAACCUGCGUUCUCACUCUCAGUUUCAUCAUCUUGUUGAUGACGUCAUGUAUCUUAAUGGUCCAAAACUAAAACAUCUGCGGCAAAAGCAGGGAGGGCAGGUGGAUCAGGUGCGUGUUAGUAAAGCAGAGGGACAGAGGGAGCACUGGGAGCAAAGCUGCACGGCAGUUGAGGGAGCUUUUCAUCUUUUAAGAUUGCGCCAAGUACAUUUUGGCGCCUGCAAAACAACCGCGAUUAUCAUUUUUAAGCAUGAUCACUCAGGAGUUUACGCUAACUCUUCUUGUUCACCUUUCUCCUCGCCUUUUCUGGUUGACACACUGCGCCAUGUACAGUGCAGCCUACACCGGUAGCUUUACUGUCCGGGGUAACGCAACAAAAGCUCUGAAAAUACCCUCAUGGCUGGCGUCAAAAGUCUUUUAACGGGCUGGCCUGGGCCGCCGCGCUGGCCCUCAGACAGAUUUAUGUCCUCGUAAUAAUAAUCAGCCUACUACUGUUACCCUGCAAAACAUUCCUCUGUUUGAAGAAAGACAUGUUAAUUCAAUUAUAAACACCUCUUCUCAUGCUACAGGCACUCCAGGGAUCUAUUCUGGGCUUAAAGUGGGCCGGUCCUUGUCGUGGAGCUCAGGUUGGUUUGUGAAUUUCAAAAUGUAACACAAACGUGAUGCGGGGCUAUUAACCUUGAUUGAUUCGUUUGUCAGGAAAGCAAUCAUGUGGUUACAAGGAAGAAAACUUCAAUGUUAAAGAGCCACCCUGAUGUAGGUUUGCUGACUUUAAAUAUGAAGCUGCUAAUGAGGUAUGACCAGAGAGGUAGCUUACAUCAUUUGGGACAGUUAGAGGGAAUUAAGCAAUUACCUAUUUCCAUCAGCAAACCUUUUGGGAGAGCCCUGAGCUUGAUAUAUGGCCAGAGCCUGUGUAAAUACAGGCUCGUAUGAAGGCAAACAGCUUCUUCCAGUGCACCCCUGUAACUUUAUCUAACACACUCUGACACAGCCCGGUACCCCUGUGCCAGAGAAGCAGCACCUCCAAGAACUUGAGUCUGAAGAAACCCUCCUGACCCGCAGGCUGCUGUCUCUGUUUACAGCUCAGCAUAUGUGGCAGUCGGCUUGCUAUAAAGCCGGUUUACUGCAGCAGCUGAUAGAAAAUGCACAAUUAAAUACCUGCCAGUGAAAGUCCAUCUUAGUCACAUGUGUGCAGUAGACGCACCUAUCGUGGUGCUAGGGCUGCACUUGAAAGCUCAGUUAUUUUCUACAAAGUGCUUUGAGUUAGUGCUGUGUCGCUCGUGAACGAUUCGUUCAAAAGAACCGAAUCUUUUAAGUGAAAGUACCGGACUGAAUCACUUCCUCGAGUGAUUAAUUCGCUUCAGCACAAGGGACCACAUGCACCAAUGACUGAAUCACUUGGUGAACGAAUCACACAUUGAACUACACUCUCUGGAAUCAUUUCUGUCGAACAAAACUACGUUUUUUUUUCAGUGCUAAAUUGCCACCACAACAACUUGCAUACAAUACGACACAGCAUCCUCUCAUUGCAGCGGUUUGCGAGGGAACGGUGCAUGUUCAGUGUGAAUUCUUCUAAACGUCCAGUAAACGAAUCACUCACUGAACCCAGACCUGUUAAAUAGCAUACCAUAGGACAGUACACUUAAAACAUAAUGGCUUAUAAACAAGUUCAUUUUUACAAACCUGUUUAAGCGACACAGACAAACACUCUCAUCUCCGGGUCCCAGAAGCUAUGAAUUUAACUGAAUCCUGAACCGUUCAGCUGUGUAUCAGUUCAGGAGGUUGGAGUCGCAGGCUUUUCCCACCAAGUGCCAAAUGAUUUGGUGAUUCGGUGAACGAAUCUUUUGAAUGAAUCUUUUUAGUGAACUGAUUCUAGUGAUUCAGUACAUCUAAAAGGACUGCUUUACCCAUCACUACUUUGAGUAGAAGUGACAAAACUUCACAGUUUGUCUACUAAAUCUUAACUCUACAACAGUUCGUUUGUUCAUCUGUUUGUUCAUUAAAUCUACCAAAGCUGCAGGAUCAUCUGAGUUUUACGUCUUAUUUGUUUCUAAAGUCACUCAAUUGUGAGUCUCUGUGAUCAAUUUGUUGCACAAAUUAUUCUCUCAGUUUAGCAAAGGCACUGAAAAUACUGCAGUUACAAAGAGCCACAUGGGUGGCAAGCUUCCCUGUCCUGAUUAUUUUAGCUUUGACCUUUGAAUGAAUUUAUGUAAUAGUUAUUUGGCUUCAUCCUUAAGCCAUCACAUGCCACCUCACUGAGCCAGAUAUAUCUAUAGAUAUGUAUGGAAAGUCCUCAUACCAGGAAAUGUGCAGGUGACUAUAAAAAAAAGCCAUUUUUGAAAAGAGAUUCCACAACUGAGAAUGCUGUGGCUGCUAAUAAUGUCUGAUGUAAUCCUGCUGCAGCAGUUUAUAGCAUCCAGCUUCACUACGAAAUGUGACAUCAACACAAGCAGCCACACGUGUGAGCACAAGCUGAUACAACAGGGUCCAAAUGUGACUCGGAUCUUUGAGUAGAAGUAUCAAGAGGCAGAAUUUACCUACGGAGUCAAUGUCCAGUAGCCGCUGGAGGUCGCUGAUGCUGUGGAUUUCACUGUGCGACAGUCUGUCUAUCAGCUCCUGGGGAAACUCCACUUCCUUCAGGGAGGGUGUGUGUGUGAGAGUGAGUGUGUGUGUUUGUGUGAGGAAGGAGGGGAGGAGGGGGUGGGCAAAGAAAUCAAACAAGAGACAUAAAGGUUAGCUUUGCAGAACAUGAGGUAAUUGUUUGUCUGUGUAAAGCAUCCAACAGGAAGAACAACUCUGCAACUACGUGCCAACUGCGGCUGCCCAAUCGCAUAAAACAAGUUUCGCCGAAUCCCCUUGAGAAUUUGUACAAUUUAAGAACGCUUUAAUUUGCAAGGAAGCAAAAGUUACAAGCAUGAAGGAUAAAUUUCAUAACUCUUAUUUAUGAAUAACUGGUAAAUUCGGCGCCCAGCUAUCGACAGAAUAAGCAGCAUUUCCCUGUCAUAUGACUUAUUCAAAAGGAUCCAGCCUGCAUGAUAAUUAAACACAUUCUGUUAAUAUAAGUACGACUUUGAGCAUUAACUGGAAGCCGAAUUAUAUAAUAGACCCCGUGGGCCCUAAAAUGUCUUGUAGUAUUGAAUAACUUGUCUUAUUUAGGAGCAGACGAGCGGAUCAGCAUUAAAUCGUCUCUUUUCUAAUGGAAUUUGGAGCCCCGGAGGCGACGUCUGCCCGUGUGAAAAGCAGAUCGCCACACUUUGCACUUGUUGCGGUCUUGCAUGCACCUCAAACUGAGCGAACCGUUCAGUCUUACAGGAACAGUGGCUAUUUAUAUCGCCCGGAGCGGUUCCCAUGAAAGCGCUUAGCCCAACCAAAACGUUUGCCCAGUUGGCUCAGGCUACAAACAGAUUUGGCACAAACGCCAAAAAUAACUGCGAUGUGCGUCCAAGUGCAGCGUUAUGUUGGUUCUCAAAAGCGUGUUGUCACUGGCCCUCAUGGGCGCUGGAAUCAUUUGCAUUUGGUUCACAUUCAAGAAAAUUAAUACUUAUCCAACUUUUGUGAACAUGUCUUUCACCCCUCCCUGUUCCAUAAAUACAUAUUUGAUCUUAAUUUCUUUAUUCAAAAUCGUCAAAUUCUAUGUGGGCUCUUAUCUCUCGGUCUAAUUACAGGCUCUAAAUCAAAACUUUGAGCUGUUACUCUGCACUUUUCUCAGUCUGGGCACUUUAUCGUGGAGCAAAGUGUUCUCUGAUUGUGUGAGAAAUGCGCGCUCUGUGGGAGCCGUGCACCCUCACAGGAAUAAACCCCCUAUAUGUAAGACAUGGGAGCAGAGGCACACAAUCUGAGCUGAGUGUCUUGGGAACUUUACCUCAGAGGUGGCCAGUAGCAGGUACGUGGUCCACAGCAGGAAGUAACAAAGUACGGUUCUCAUCUCCUUUUAAUUCUAACCCCAAACAAGAAGAAGGUGCUGUUCUGUAGGAGCCGCAGAAUCGCUCCUGGCCCCACAGAAUCCACAACCAUCCCCAGCCCGGGGAGAGAAUCCGGGGUGUCGGAGCGUCACGGUCAGACUCCGGGUACACUUGCUUGUUUAACUGGAACUCUGAACAGGCUGGAAGUUGCCUCUUGUUAUUCGCAUUGGACAAGCCCUGAAAGGCAGCCUGACACGAAGCUCCUCAGGCGCAAGUGGAUCAGGACGAGCCUGACGCGCAUUGCACUUGUCCUUCACCCUGUUACAAAUGGCUUCAAACUUCAACCCGGUUUACAAAAAUGUCGAACAAAAAUUACGCACGGCUAGAAGAAUUACGCACAAUAAGGACUGAGUAUUUCUGCGGUUGUAUUGAAUAGUCCUUAGAGAUUAUAAUCCAAUUGAGCCGAUCUUCUCAGUAAAUCACAAAGCAGAAAGUUGUCCGUGUUGAGCUAUCCACAGUCUGUCUUGUAGCAGCAGUGCGCACAGGUCCUUGGCUGUGGAGGACUCUGUAGUGAAUGCAGUCAGAGCGCCUCUGAGCCGCUGGAUAUACAGAGCCAGCAGCUCCGUGCCCGUUGCGCCUCCCCUUCGGUGAUCGUGCAUCUAUUCAGUGAGGGGAGCUGGUUGGCUGCCUGAAAGACUUAAGACUCCUGAGUUUGUUCCCCACCCCCACCCCCCCUUCAACCUGCGUGUUGCAUUUAUAUUCCUCCAUUCAUAGAUUUCGGCUGUGAAUGAUACGCGAUUGGAAAGAGGAAAGGAUGUUUACAAAAUUAGACCAAGAGUGCAAAGCUAAACCAAGAGGGUUUUACAGAUUGAACUGUGUAAUGUGCUUUUUGAACAUCAUUUAUAUGAUAUUCAGAAUGUAUUGUUUGGGUUAAAGAAGACAGAAUGGUGAAAUGACACUGAUCUUUCAGAGUAACAAGUAAAAGCCAUGAAUGUUUAUCAUAUCUGGACAAUUGUCAUCUUUAGAUAAGUCUUUAAAGAUCUGAGAAAACAACCAAUAUUGUGAGAGUGAUAGCAAAAUAGAUAUAAUUCUAUAUGAAGCGCUGACAAAAACAGAAUUUGCUGAUUUGAUUCAACAGAAAACUGUGCAAAGACAUCAUGUUGUGUAUAAAUACUACACUAUAAAAUUGUAUUAUCUCCUGGAAGGCAUGUGCACAGUUUGAUUUGAUGCUACAAUACAUUAAGAAAAGUUUGGACUAAAGGGAAAAAUAUAAGAUGAAAAUGGGUGGCAUUAAUUUGCUAUACCCACUGAGCAUUUUUUGAUCUAAAAGAAGUCUAAUAGACGUCUAAAUGUAGCCAAGACGACUGAUCUGACCAAGUUUAGACUAGCCAACUAACAGAGGUCUAACUGUAUAUUGUUCAACAGCUAUCAUAAUUAUUUUGUUUAAGUUCUUUGGAUCAGUUAUGCAACUCACAGCUGCUUUUUGAAAUAAAGUUAACGAACAAUGGGUUAAAGUGCAACGUCUGAAUUCCAUCCAAAAAUAUACAGAAUCUAGACGGUUAAAAUGAGGUAAAACUAGACAUCUAAUAGCCGUCUAUUGCUCAGUGGGUAAGCUGGUUACACGGGUAAGAAUAGUGAGGCUUUUGCAAAGAAUUUCAUUUCAUCAUCUCUGGGACAAAAUCUUAUGAAUACAUGUAGAGAAUCAGGAGAAAGCUCUGCAGAAAAAGAACAAGGCACAAAACAAACUAUACUGGAAAGUUGUGAUCAUCAGCCGUUAAAAACACAGCUCCGUCAUGAAAAUUAUAGUACAGCUAAAAAUAACUUUCAAAAAGCAUUUUCUUUGAAGACAGUUCAAAAAUGCUGACAACUUAUCCAGGGUAAAGAUGGACUGAGGUUAAGUGUGCUCUCAGGAAUCCAAGCUUGACAGUCUUUUUGGAAAUCAUGGACAGAGCAUCCUCCACUCUGAAGAGACUAACCAGUUUGUAAUCAGUGCACAGUUUAGAAAGCCAGCAUCCAAGACAGUAUGGGGAUCCUGCAUAAGUGCUCAUGCCAUUGGUAGCUUAGAGGGUUUAAUUAGUCUGCUGGGGAGGAAGCAUCAAACACAAAGAUGCAAGACGUCUUAGAAAACUGGUGAAAAAGGCUGGCUCUGGCUCUGUGGAGGAUGUGUGGAGGAUCUUACACAGUGUGGCAGCUUUUCUGGACUUUGGGUCGGAAUGACAGUAAUCGAGUCUGAACUGUUAAAUGCCUUUAGGUGUGGACAUGAUUUUGGCCAACAGGAAGCGACUAGUUUACAGCAGGUUAACAACACGCUGGUCCUAACUUGUCACGAGGAAGCUGCAGGGUGUGCUGCGCUGGGAGGUCUGGUUGAAGAGCCCGAGGGCCCGAUAAACGAGACAUACCUGCAGACAGCGUGCACACACAUUAUCAGCCAGAGGUGACAAUCAGCAGGGAGCCAGAGGUCAGCCAACCAGGUGGUCUGCCCUCCACCUUGUCCAUUCAGCUGGAUCACAGAGCCAUAGGCCCGCCUGAGGCUGUUGUGCCUGGAAACACUUGCAUGGAGGAGAAAGCAUUGCAGCAGCUGGUGGAGUAAUUAAUGUUGCUAUUUUAACGGGCCUAUGAAGUUCAUUUUAAGAUGGUUUCAAGGUGAUAUUUUAUACAAAUGUCCUCCUGCUAAAGCCAUUCAUAUGAGAUAUUUCUCCCUUUUGUGCCUCUGUAAAUUUACCACACUGUACUGAUUGUUCGUUACUCUGUUUAACUCGGCAGGAGUGACCGUGAGUGUUUAACGCCGUGAUGCUACAGCAGAAUGACUAACUCCAGCCGGUGACAGGAAGGUUCAUCAUCGUCAUUUUCAUCAGUGUCACGGCGUCGUCAUGGUUACACCAAAGGUCAGCCUCCCUGCUGUCUGGAGUUGCACUCUCACUCAAACGCAUGAAUCAUGAGUCUUCAUCACAUCGUGGUGGCAGACGGAGGAUCACAGAGGAAGAGGUGAGAGUGCAGGCCGCAGAUGAAGGUGAAAAAGUGAGUGAAUGGAAACAGAUCUUCAUUUUUACUCUUUCCUGCUGGAAGUGCUCAGGUAAAAAAAAAAAAUACAGAUAGAGUCACAACCUGGAGUCUUAUCUUCUCUAAGUUGACUUUUUCCUUUUUUAACUGAAAGCUUAUACAUACUUUCAUAUUAUCUUUUAUAGAUGCUUAAUUGGAAAUUGUAGGGCAGCAGGGACAAUCUCCCGAGUGCUGCAGUUUUGAGCCCAAAUGGAUUUGGAAAAUUCUUCAUUGUGUUCCUGUUUUGACAUGAAUUUGUGCUGUGUGUUAUGCUGAAAGCUUGCAAAAUGUUUAAAGCAUAUCUAUGUAAUCUUAUCAUAUCGUCUGCAGGACCAAUUUAUUUCACAUCAUAUUUUAUUGUCUUAAAUGUGUUCCUAUUUCUAAGACUUAUUUUUGGUAUGUUAUCCUAUUAUUUUAAGUAUAAUAUGCAAUCAUAUCUUAUCAUAUUGUAUCAUAUCUCAUUGGAUCUUACUGUACCUUAUUGUAUUACAUGACAUUGCAGUCUCAACCAUACUUGAAUAUGAACAUGGAGGAUCCCAAGUCAAAAUCAAGGCAUAGACACUUGAAUGUGUUCUGUAUUUCAUGGACGAGACAUUAUAAUGCUGCCUUGAAAGUAUAUUGUUGAAAGAAGUCCUUAACCUUAGUUUGAGGUAAGUAAAGGAAGAUAAAAAGUCAACAUUUAUGCAGAUGAUGGAAGGAAAAAUGUUUAAUAUUGCUUGAGGGAGAGAGUCAAAACAUUUCAAGAAAUGAAAAAGGACCUUUUUCUAUUUUUUAUUCUUCUUUCUGUCUAAGCCGUUCAACCAACAUGUUUACUGGCAACCACAGUCUGUGUACCUAACAACAUUAACACCAUUAAAUGCUUUUAUAGAUGCUGCUGCACAGUAAAUCGAGCCAUAGAGACGUGGCAGAGAGGACGCUGUCUGAGCGAGCUGGUGACUCUUCAUUCUCUGCCCCCGAGGCCACGCAUAGCUCCCAGUGAGAGAAAUGCAGGAAAAAAAACGGUCAAAAUUUUGAAGAAUGUGGCGGAUAUGAGUCGCAUUGGCCCGGGGGGAUUGAAGCGUCUUAGUCUGGAUGAUGUGUGUCUGUUCUUAUCAUCGAUUUUUCAUGGUGGGAAGAAGUGAUCAUUGGAGGAGUCAUGACCUCAUGAGCCUGAAUAUCCCUACCGUGGAAAAUAAGUUUUAUUUAGCCG